AUGAGUGUGAGGGGGAGAAAAGCCGGGCUGGUUAUCAGCUGGCAGAAGUCUCUCUCCAUCCUGGUUCCAUGGAGGAAAGGUACACCACUUUUUAUUAACACUUUAAAGACCUAAAUCUGAUGUUGCAUCUCAUAUCUGCACUCAGACUGAUACCGAGGUGUGUCAGUUCCCUGCCAGUCUUUGGACUCUUACUGUAGAUGAAGGUGAAUUGUUACUGAGUAAUAAGAGAGUGAAAAAUCCUCCUAUUGAGUGAUAGAAAACAAUGAGUGCCGUACAGCUUAUCCACAGAUUUGUGUCCAGAUAUCUAUCUAUCUAUCUAUCUAUAUAUACUGUAUAUAUAUAUAUAUAUAUAUAUAUAGCCUGAUUGAUUUUACUGUAUUGAUUCUACAACAAGACUUUUCAGUGACUAAAUGCACCACUUUGUUGAAAUGGCUAACUUUGCCAGCUUUUUCGGGUCCUGUGGUUAUUUUAAAAAAUAUUUUAAAAUAUUAUUUAUUUUCUGAGCAUUUUCAUCAAAUAAAAAAAAAGAUUAAAGAUCUGAGACUGACCGAACCAAAACAUUUGGCUAAAAGAAGCUAAAAUGGUUAAAAGCGCUCCAUUACUGCAGGAUGCACUCAUAAGGAGCCUCUACAUGAGUGUAAGGAUUCUCAUUCCUGUGGCUUUAGAGCUAGACUUACUGACAUUUUGCCUUGAAAUGGAUCUUUCACCUUGGUACUGUGUGGUGUGAUGUUGGGACGUGUUAAUCUUUCAAUCCAGAGCAUUGUGAUGUUCUGCUGUAACACACUGGGAGACCUCUUCUCCCCCUGUCUAAUCUUGGCGUCAGGUUACUCUGCAUUCCUGGUCGGAGCCUUAGAUAGCUGAUAUUUUGUCAGCUUAUUUACAGUACGAGCCUCUACACCUGCCAAGCAGCAAAUCCUGCAGGCCGCUGGGAGGUGGGAGGAAGAAAAAUCUGUUCAUUGUUGUGGUGGUGAGGGAGCCUCCACACCGGGCCUGACAACACUCACAUUGUUCUCUGUGUUUCUCUGAGUGGGAAGAAGAAGAGGCUCAUUGUGAAAGUGACACAUUGUGGACAGUGUAGCAGGGUGCAGCUCUUUGUUGGUGUUUUAGCAUGUUUCACAGCUGUUUAAAGAGAAGAUAUAAAAUAUCACCAUCUUUAUUUGAACUGUAACACAACAUGACAGGCUGUAAUCUGAGGGUUUCUGCUGUUUAAGAGAGGCAUCUUUCACUAGCUAAAAAUCUGCCCUCUGAUCAUCCUCUGGUGACAAACACCUGAAACACAAACGGUGAGUUCAGUUCGCAGAUAUCAUUCACUCUUCAGGAAUCAGAGUUUCUGUGGUGAGUAGGGAUGUAAAUAUUUAAUAUUUGACGUGUGUUCAAAGAAAAAAAAGCUGCUGCCAACACACCAACAUGGAAACUGGACAAGAGAGCUAUUGAAUGAUGUUUUAUACUUUCAAAUAACUGAAUGUCUGUAUGUUCAAAUGCAGUUCCUAAAAAGUUAAGCUGUAGAUGGCUGAUUUAACUGAAAACUAAAAGAGUUAAAGCAGAAUGAUUUAAAUGAUAGGUAGUUGAUAGGGCUGGAGUCAAUCAACAUCAAUGGAAGUUGAGGAAUCAAUCAACUGAAGAUGAGGUUCCAUUUUAAAGAAUUUAUUUACAAGCUGUCAAGAGGUGUUUUCUGUAUUUAACAAAAAAGGGAAAAUAUAAACAUAAUUCAUUAACUGUUUAUCUUUAAACAACAAAGUAAUGCUCAAUAAUUUUAACUUAGUAAUCAGAAUCUGAUAGGUUUCGAUAAUGCCUUCAACACAAAACUGAUUAAAUGAAACAAUCUAAAUGGUCUUCAAAAGAGUCUAAAAAUCAAAUACAUUAUACAACACUGACUUUGACGCACUUGACAGCCAGGGUGAAACAUGUCAGCAGCAGAGCAAACUGAACUAUGGGCUCAGGAGUCCUUUAUAGACUCGUGAUCAGAGCACAGUGGUCACACCUGUGGUUGAUUGCUGCAGCCUGAGCAGGUGUGCCUGCUGCUCCUCAGUGGAGUCUGAGCAGACACAAGGGAAUCUAACUUAAGCUGUUGCUGCGUCAGAAUUGCCAAGUAGUAGUCGAAGUAGUAGUCGAAGUAGUAUCUAGCAUGUCCGAAUUGGCCACCGGAGUGAGUAGCAUGCUACUUCAGAUACUACUUCAGAUACUAGACACGCUCACAUUGUAGUAUGGUCGCGGUGCAUCCUACGGGCAUGCUACUGACCCAAAAUGCACUGCAGGCUUCUUCUUCGUUCUCUUUAAAGUUGUAGAAGCGCAUGUGAUGCUAGCGCCACCAGCUGCUGCCUAUUUAGAUGCGUCGCGAACGCCGACUGGUCACAGCAGCGCGCACCAUGGCGGAGCAGCAGCAGCAGCAGCAGGCAGGACCGCAGCAGUACAGAUGUAAGUCUCAUGUAACUUCAUGCACUGCCCUAAAAAAAUGUGCGGUUGUAUCUCUUUGUCAUGUCAUGGUGUCAUAUUUGCCCAAGUAAUCAUUUUAUGAGCAAAUAUGUGGCGACAUCAUGGAGGUAAAGCUCACUUAUUCCAUCAUUAAACUGCUAAGCUGCAGUAGUCAGGCAGAUCUCAUUGAACAAACGAUCACCACGUGAGUGAAUGAAGGCUAAAAGUAAUGGAAAAGCUACUUUGUGAAUUUCUAAAGCAGUGCAGAAAUAUAAUACAGCAGCAUCCAUCACUUGCACAAUUACCAUUCAAAGAGUCUUUUCUGCCGUUAUGUGGACUGGAGUACCCUGAGUGAGAUGAUUCAGUUUUUGUGAAAUGGGACACACUACCCUUUGGAGGACUUCCUGGUUGAGUCGCCAAAUGUCCCCGCCCUCAGGCUCGCGUCACGACUGACUUGAAGAAAAGCCAUGGAGCGCAGAAGUUAUUUUUUGACUGUGCGACCUUGCACAGACACAAAACAGUAGAUACGUACAAGCACAGAUCAUUCCUACAAAUUCAUCCGAUGAUUGCAUGUUUUGUAUGAAGGAGUAUGAGGGCCAUAUUGAAUUUUUUUUUUAAAGACUUCAAAAUCGAAGUCGUGAAUUUACAAGAGUAAAGUCUUAAGGUUACCUGUUAUUUCAAAGGAGAGUUGUUAAAAUUAGGGCCAUGGAGCAUUUGAAGGAACUGUGCUUCAGUAUAGGUUUCACAAACAAGCAGAUACUUUAUUCUUUGGCACAUCAGCAUCACAUUGUCACAAGUAUAAAGACUUUAAAAAGAAUAUGAGAAAUACAUCUUUUCCACGGGGAAAAAAAAACAGGUGGACUUGGAGGAAAUCGCUGCUUUUGUGGAGGCAGAAAUGGAUAUGCUGAGGAUAAAUCCGUCAAUGCAGCCGUAAAUAUCCGUGAAUGACAUUAAGCUUUAAUUUAUGAUAUGAAUCCAUAUGCCAUAAUAAGGUGUUGGUGUCUCUGCAGGUGUAGGUUACCGCUGGUGUCAGAGACGUGGUGCUCGUCGGAGCUCGACUCCCUCUGGAUCACAAAUGUUGAUCAUCAUCAGUUUCAUUGUUUCUUCAGAAACCACAAAAACUCUCUGAAUGACCCACUGAUACAUCCACAGAUAACCCUGCAGAUGACCAGCUUCAGUCAUUUCCCCCUCCACAAAAGCAGCUUUAUGACUUUAUUUACAUUAUGACUUUAUUCUCCUAAAUUUACAACUUUAAUCUCUAAAUCUUAAAAAAAAAACUCAAUGUGUCAAUGAUCCUCUGCUGUAGUUUUGUCAGCUUUCUUAUUUCUAAUGUUUUUGAUUGUUGUAGCAGAGCGGAUCAGUUCGUCUCUAAAUACUGUAAUGUUUGGUUUGUAGAUUUUAGUGAGUUCAGAGAUCAUGCGCUCAUACAGCCUGAGCUGACUGUCUGCUGGUUUUGGACUUCUUUUAUUUUCUCUGAAGACGCGCUGCGUCUCCAAGCGAGUCCCGCCUCUCACCCGAAAUGCGCAGCUGUGCAGCGGCACACAAAGAAUUCUGGGAUACCUAGGCCACGAAAGCCUGCAUAAAUGCACGCUUAAAAACGGGACGGGGGCAGUGUGGUUUUGAGACCGAAUUUGAAGCGCACUUUGCAUUUCGGGCCAAAUAGGACACCGUUCUUGCCACGUGAUGACACCACGCACACUUCAAAUGCACCGUUCGACGGUGCGGUCUCUGAAAAGAGACACAGCCACAGAAACUGUCCUGUGGUGAAUCAAACCCUGAUGGUAUGGGGAUCAUUUGAGUCCAUGUCAUGGGUAUCUUCCACAUCUGUGAAGGCAUUAAUGCUGAACAAUAUCUACAGGUUUAGGAGCAACAUCUGCUUCCAUCCGGACAAAGACUUUUUCAGGGACGACCUUCAUAUCUCAGUAAGACAAUGACAAACCACAUUCUGACUACAGGGAUUACAACAGCAUGGCUCUGUAGGAGAAGAGUCCUGCUGCAGAUUGAUGGUAAAAGAAGAACUGAUCUCCAUCCUGUGCACGCCCUAACAUCUGUCACCAGCAUGAUAUAUGGCUGUCUUUUGGCUCCAUUUUUAAAGUGGAAGGAGAUGCAGGUGCAACAUCCAUGUUUAUAGCUAGUCAAAACCUAAACCUGUAGUACCUGUAAAACUUUGUGUUGGCUUGAUCAAGUUCAUUCUCCAAACUGAACAUGUGACUAUGUUCAACUGUGCCUGAUGUCCAAGUUUGACUUCAGCUUUGUUCAGCUCAAGUGUGAGGAAUAACCCUGCCUUUUGGACCAUUUCUUAAUGCUAAACUGAUGAAGCAUGAAGGAAUGUUAGCUUUGACACAGAACACUUUGGUUUCUAUUCCACAUGGACCAGUGAAGAGGUGUAAAAAAAGCCUCAAGAUUUCAAUGAGUGACCCUCAGAAAACUUUAUUGUAGAGGGCUCUGUCAGCUCACCGUCCCAUCUAAAAACCUGGGUCAAAAUCAGCAGCUCACACUUUAAGGUCCCUCGUCUGGAGGAAUAAGAAGUAAGACUGAUCUGUUAGUAGAAAUGAUCUGGUCUGGGUUUGACUUUUGUUGCUCUGCUCCUGCACAUUCCUGCUCUAUCUUAAUGGUCCCUGAUAAGAGGGAGUAGAGUUAGAGUCCUGGUAAACUGGGAUAAAGAGUGGGAGGGAGUCUGGGUAUCAUCCUCUGGGUUGAAGAAGAGGUAGAAAACAGAGCAGAGAUAUUGACAGGGUCUCGUGUUGAAAGAUGAAACCAGAGGUACUGAGGGGAUGGAUGGAGGGUGGGGGGUUGAAGAGGUUCGUUGUUGAGGUUUCUUUUCAAUAACAACUAAAUGUUGUUUCAUAGAUUUAAAAGUGCAAUGAUACUACCUAAGACAACAACCAUCCGUUUCAUCACAGGGCUCAUAAGAAGAUUUGCCAUGAACUAGAAUACAUCUUUGGCAUUCAUAACAUUUCAAAGGUCCAUCCUGACUGCUGACCUCCAAGAAAGCUAAUGGGGUAUAGACACACCCAUGACCAUGAUCACCAGCUGAGUAUCAGAAUCAGUUUUUCCUUCGCUUACUGUCUGGAGCUCACUUUACACAUGACACAUACUGUAUUUAUUAUCCAUGUUUGAUGUAUGAAUUAUGUUUGUUAGAAAAGAGCUGUGACACAGAUUGCAGCACUACAGAUCAUACAUGCUGGUAAAAAAGAGAGCCUCAGAUUAAGGGAAAUACAGUGCCAGUGAUUUACAACAUUAGACCAGGUUUUUAUUGGGUUAAGGCUCAUUCUUUGUCUGCCUCAGGGUAGCAAGACAGCACCUUUGGGCCUGAAUAAAACUCCCAAAGGCACUAACAUGGGCUCAAGUUCACUCACUGUUGACACAGUUUGGAUGCUGGGUGUUAAAAUGAUGAGUGCAUUAGGUGGAAAAUAACAACACUUCACACUGGUUGUACAACAGGACCCCAAAGCGACAUGUGCCACAACUUUGUUGUACAUGAAGCUUAGCUUUCGUUCAUACAGCCCAUUAGACCAUCUCUUCCCUCUCACUGAUACCUGCUAUAUCACAUGCUCCCCACACUCUGCUGCUGGUGGUAAAGCUCUGCUUUCAGUACGCCAGCCCUUGUGAGGGAUUAUGCAGGAAGUCGUGGCGCGCUGCUUACCUGGGCCAGGUUUUGAAAGCAGAACUGUCCAAAUCUCUGACCAAACCUGAUGGUCAGAAUUACUUUGUUGAAAUCAGCAGCUCAGAGAUGCUCUCAUCUGCUGCCGUUGCAUGGAUUGCAGGGCGAGAUGUUGUGCCACUUUUCCCUCUUGGACGCUGAUCAGUAUUUCAGGCUCUCAAAAUAUUCCUACGACAGACUUCAGAAAAAGUUUUAGGUUGUUUAGCCCUUAUUUGCAGAAUAUCAUUUCUACCACAUUGUCAACAGGUAGAGAGGAAAUGACUUCUUUCCAAAGGCUUACCUGUGUGAUCUGUUUGUCCCUGGUGUUGCUUUCACCUUUCAGAUUUAUGGGGUUCUGACCAAUCAGAAUCAAGUGGUCAAACUCAGCCUCUCUUCAUGUUUAAUGCUGCACAUUUAGAGGGAAAUUUAAACAUAUUAUUCUAGCAGCAGUUAAAAAAGACUCUCAGUCUAAGCCAAAGUUUCAAAACUGCAUGCUGACCUAUCUUCAAAAAAUCAGUCUGAACCAGGCAGACUUAAGUGACAUCAGUUUUAGAGGUCCUCAGACUGCUCUCUCUGACACCACUAAACCUAUCUACGACAUGUGUCAGGAAUGCAGAGGUGCCCCUAAACACCUGGAAACAUGCUCUGAUUAUCAGUGUUAUCAGCCUGGUUCUUCUUUAGUGUCACAUCUGGCUGAAAACAGGUGUUCCUAUUCAGCCCCUGUGCUGUAUUCAUACAUGACUCACUGUCUGGAUGAGAUAACUGUUAGAGGAUGACCUGGACUCAGAAAGACUUUUUUGUGCUGACCUCCUGGUGUGAGCUGUUUGUUCUACAGGCAACUUAGAGCUUUGAUCUGCAGGACAACCCAAAGACUCUGACACUUGCAGACCUUACAACGACGUCUCUGCAGAGAAAUCACUGAAGAGUAAAUAAUGUGUGAAGUGAAUAUGAUGGGAAACAGCUUAAAGACGUUUUCAGGCAUCAGGAUGAGUGAAGGGCAGAGGGAGGGGAGGCAGACUAUCUGUAAUUAUACAUUGUGGAUUUGAGUCAGGCUCAGAGACUGGAAAUAGUCAGAGUCAGCCUGUGACGACAAUUACAGGAGAGAGGAUCAGGUAGUGUUGUGGAGGGAUGAGGACAGCUGGAUCAGGACAACAUUUGUGUGGCUUUUAAAGCAGAGAGAGUCUGAUGACUUCAACCUGUUAUUAAAGUUGACCUGCUCUCCUCUUAUUGUCUGCUGCUUACCGCCAGGAACAGACAGCUGCUGAGAAACAUGGACAGAAAGUUACAUAUCACAGUUUGGACAGGAAACUCUCAAACUUGCGCCAAAAAAUGCUAAUAAAAUGAUGCAGUCUGUUUAAAAGAUCAGCUCAUCACAGGCUGCACUUAUCUCUGUUUCUUUGGAUGUCUGCUGAGAUCUGCACACGUCUCAUGGUAAAAAGUAGAUGCUCUCUGUUCUCUAGAUGUGAUGGAUUUUAGAGGCCCUGCCAACGUCGAGGUCUGAAUGUUUGUGUUCUUGGGAUCUUGCAGGCAUACGAACUCCUAGACUGGAUUUAUAGCACCAGUCAGGAUGUUUCCAUGUCCUUUGAGGAGGGUUACCGUUAAAGCUGGUGAUGGAGCAGGUGAUUUCACUGCACAGGCAAGAAUCUUUUGACUGGCAAAAGUUUGUCCACUGCCAAGUAACAUUAGUUCUAUUAGCCAACCACAGAUCUUAUCCUGCUGCCUUAAAAGUGACAAAUGUAGUGCUGGAGAAGUGAAUCCUCACUGUUUGAGUUACAGAAGUAAAAAAGGACUUUUGUUUGGGUGCUGUACAUCGUUCUGACUGACCUGGUCGCAGAAGGACAAGGAUUUAAAAUAGCCUCUGUUUUCAGAUGGUGUAUUUCCACCAGUUUCACAAACAUUAAUAUAAAAAAAUCCUCCUUUUUGUAAACGUUUGAUUCAGUCGAUGUGUAUUUGAAUAAAAUUAAUCUUAAUGCAAAACAAAAGUCUAGUAUUAUCCUCCUCUCUGAUUGAGACCUGAGUUUGCCACUGACUUACAUUCCCUCUCUGGUAUUUUCCCUCAUACAUCCCUCUGAUAUAUUCACUCCUGGAAAGGUAGCUCACCAUGAAUUGCAUUAUUGGGAUUCCUUUAGAGCCAGGUUUUGAUCCCUGUAGGAGAGUCCAGACCUCAGGUUGUUAAGUGAAACCUCAGGGGGGUCAGGAAGCUUUUAUUCUUGACAAUGAGCCAAUAAAAAACCCCACUGAGUAGAAACUGUUAUAAGUGAAAGACAUAUUAAUAAUCAGAUAAUAUCUGGGUCAACAGACGUCAGUACCUGCCGUAACUCUCCAGACAGGCUGAUUUUAAAGUUUACCUGCCUGUUCUCACAUGUUCAGGUGAAUCUAAGAGCUGUAAAACAGAAAGGUGUGUCCCAAGGGCAAUGUGUUCAACUAAGUUUGCUACCGCUCACUGAUCAUUCAGUUUAGUUGUUAACAUCAGGUCUGCCGCUCCAAGCUAUAAAAGAUCAGAGAGAAAUACAACAGAAUAGCUCUGAAUAAAUAAAAGCGAUGGACAUGGUAUUAAGUAAGUAGCAGGUUUAAAUGAAAGUCAUGGUAUAGAAUGACAUGAUAUGAUUGGCAACCUGUUUACUUCAGGCUAAUGCAAACUGAGGCAUGACAAUUAAAAGAUGUUAUCAGGUUCACUGUGCAGAAAGGUAGCAAUAGUUUAAAGGGAUAUUUCAGAAUUUCUGAAGUGAGGUUGUUAGAGUUACAAGUCAUUAGUAAUGUCACAGUUAUGAUGGAGGCGCACAGCUCAGAGCCUUCAAUGAGAAACUGGAAGCUAGGCUACAGCUCAGUGCAGACGAGUCAACCACAUGAUCAAACAAAUUUUUAAGGGUCUGAACUAAAGCACUCGUUUCAGUUGAGGGGGCACUCUAUUAAGUGAGAGGAAAGAGAGAGUAAGAAUAACAAGAACCUAAUAAAUCUGCGAAGGCAAAUUCAAUUGUCUUACAAUUGUCGUACAAAAGAUCUUUUGAGUCUUUCUGUCCUGCAGCGAAAGGAGAGGAGCCGUCCACCACCAUUGGCCCUUUGGUCCAUCAAGGUGUUGUGAAGUGGGUGAUCCAUGUUCUUGAGAAUAGUCUCCACCUUCCUUAGUGUAGAUCUCUCCACCACAUCCUCCACUGAGUCCAGCUUGAGGCCAACCACAUAGCCAGCCUUUUUCACCAGUUUUUUCAGACAUCUUGUAUCUUUGGGUUUGACGCUUCAUCCCCAGCAGACUGCAUCAUAUAACAGAACACUGUAGACACCACAGACUGAUAAAACAUCUGCAGCGUCUUACUACAGAUGUCUAUUGAUCGGAGUCUUCUCAGGCAAAAGAGGCGUCUCUGCCCUUUUCUGUAGAUGACGCCUAUAUUCUUAGACCAGUCCAAUUUUUUAUCCAGGUCUACACCUAGAUAUUAAUAUGAGGUCACCACUUCGAUGUCCACUACACAGGUGUUCACUGGCUGAAGAGGGGUUUGGAUCUGCAGAAGUCUAUGACCAUCUCCUUUGUGUAUUUACACUAACAACUGGUUUAAAUAGACUAAGACUGUUUCAAACCAUUGCUCACCGUAAUUGGAACUUUUGACUGUAAUCUGUAGUCACUGAUUACAGUGGCGUACUGAAUCUGACUGUAAGUCUAUGACCAUCUCCUUUGUCUUUGAGGCGUUAAGGAGGAGGCAGUUUUUGUGACUCCAGUCACUAAAGGCUCUUAUCAGAUCUCUGUUUUUGGCUUCUUGUUCAUUUCUGAUACAUGCCACAAUAGCGGUGUCAUCUGAGUAUUUCUGGAUGUGGCAGGACUCAGUACUGUAUUUGAAGUCUGACGUGUACAGUGUGAACAGGAAUGGCACCAAAACUGUCCCUUGUGGAACCCCUGUACUGCUCAUUAAUGUCCCAGAAACACAGUUCCCCAGCCUGACAAACUGUGGCCUUCCUGUCAGGUAAUCUGCGAUCCAGGAAACACAGGAAGGAUCCACUCCCAUCUCUGUGAGCUUGUCUUUGAGUAUGGUGGGUUGGAUGGUGUUAAAUGCACUUGAUAAGUCGAAGAACAUGAUCCUCACAUAAACCCCAGGUUCCUCCAGAUGAGACAGGGCACUGAGAAGCAUGUAGAGGACAGCAUCAUCCACUCCAAUGUGUUCUUUGUAUGCAAACUGCAGGGAGUCCAGUUUGUCUUUGACCUCAGACCUCAGAAGGCGUAGAAUCAGCCACUCCAGGGUUUUCAUGAUGUGUGAAGUGAGGGCCACUGGUCUGUAGUCACUGAGUUCAGCAGGACAUUUUGUUUUUGGUACUGGCACAAAGCAGGAUGUUUUCCACAGAGCAGGUACCUGCCCCAGCUGUAGACUCAGGUUGAAGAUCUUGCGUAGAGGUUGACACAGUUCUGCAGCACAGUCUCUAAGCAGCCUUGGACACGCACCAUCUUGACCAGCUGCCUUACUAGGACAAAGUCUUCCAAGCUCCAAUCUCACCCCUGUUUCGGUGACAGACAAGGACUGGUGUUCUAGGAGGGAGGAAGUUGAAGUGGUUGAGACAUUUAAAUAAGAUGGAGGAGGAACAGGAGAAGUUGUAGUGGAGAUUUGUUGUGGAGAGGGAGGUGGAGUAGCAGUGGAAGUGGGAGAGAAGGACAGGUUGUGUUCAUCAGCUCUUUACCAUUUAUGUGACCAAUGUGGUGAUGCAGUGCCAUAGCAACAGUACGGGGUUCCUGGUUUGAAUCUCAUCCUCUUUGUGUGGAGCCUGCAUGUUCUGAGCGUGCACUGGUUUUCUGCCUCUUCCCGCAGUCCAAAAACUUAACAGGUCACUCUAUUUGCCUGUAGGUGUGUGUUUCUGGUUGUCUGCCUGUUAUCCUGUGAUUAACUGGUGAUCCAGUGGCAGCUCCAGCUACCUGCAACCCCGUGAAGAUGAUGGAUGGAUGCUUUUACAUGUAAACAACAUUGAACAUGUUUGGGGAAGCUGAAUACAAAAAAGUGACUAUAUAUCCCCUCUUCUUGUUUUUGCAUUUGUCCACAGCCCUAAAAAUAUGGAUCCUGAAUGUCCUGACAUUAUUGAGAUGUUUGUGUGUGAGAGGCUCUGAAGGACCCCAAUCAAUUGUAUCAGUAUGCAGAAAUAUUUCUGUCUGCUUAAUGUGGUCAAUGUCAAAUACUCUGUAGAUGUGGAGACAGCCGUUUAAUUUAAAGGCCUUGAUUACAUGUGAUGUAGAUGACUGAAAAUACCUCUCAUAUCUGAGUAAAGCUUUUUGUUUACUUUCCAUAUUUUACAGUACACAGUGUUUGGUGCGCUCCAGGUUAUCUCUUUGCUCUUUGGCCUCGUGAAUUCCUCCAGGCAGCUGUGAGAGCCACAGAAGCUCUCCUCACUCACUGAUUACACAACAGGCCACAUGCUUUUCUCAUAAAUUCAGUACUAUGAACAGUGGGGUGCUGGAGGAGCUGCUGUUUGAUGGGUCUGCAGUCCUUUUAAAGCUAAGUGCACCCAGAGAACAAAUUUACUGUAAAUGGUGGAAUCAUAUCUAACAAAAACCCACACCUCCAAACAUUUUGACUCUACUCACCGUUUAGCUGAAGAGUGUCAUUAUGCACAGGAGCGUGCUGCUUUUCAUAAUAGUUAUACCACCAAUGACUGGCCCACUGGCAUGCACCCUGCAGCAUUUUCUGUUGUUUUUGUGGAAUAAGGUGCAUGCAAAUCCUUUUCACAAUGCAGAUGUUUUAUGUUUCUUUUUCUAAUGGAGCCAUUAUUGCUGAAACAAGGCCCCAAACUUGCUAGCUUUAGUUUGUGGCCACAAUGAUCAACUUCUGACAAUGUCUGGCAUAUCCAGUGUUAAGCAACAAUCAAUUUACUAAAGACGCAAUUCUUCAUACAGUGCAUUUUUUACAGCCAAGUCAACAACUUGAAGAAUAACAAGGUCACCCCUUUGGGAUGAUUGAUUCUUCAAAUCUUAUGCUCAAAAAUAGGAGUACAAUUAAAAGUCAAACUUAAUGGCUUGCUGCAACCUCCAGGAGCGCCCAUUUAUCUGUUUGUGGAGAAUCUCAGUUUCACUGUAAAUAUUAAGGUACACAGAGGCUUACUUCAGCUGCAAGUAUUUUUUCUUGUGAUGUUCUCCUUAUAAACAGGUCUUCAGUUUGCCAAAAUAACAUAAUGAUGCAUAUUAGUGUUUUUGUCAGGCCUGUCCACAUGAGGAGGGAAAGACUACUUUGAAAGUGUUGUCUGAUGCAUUCAGGGAAGUCAGGUAACCCAAACACUGACAGCCUUCAGUGACUUCUGCUUUUGCUCUCCAUACAGCUGGCUUUUCCCACUGACACCUAAUUGGUCAUUCCUGUUUAGACUACAAAUGUACCAUAAAUAGAAAUCAGAACACUUCACAAACCAAAAUCCAGACCCCCGAGUGCAGGUUCCCCUUUUCUGUCUGUGAGAGAAAGUGAAGCUGGACUAGAAACACCACAGACCUGGGGUCCGUUUCACGUAGGUGGUUCAACAAACUCUGAGUUAAAUCCUUAACUCUGAGUUGAUCUACUCUGAGUUAGGAAACUCUGAGUUUCCGGUUUCACAACACCUGAUUUGAGACGGUUUUAACAACUCCGAGUAGUUUGACCUGGAGUUAAGCACGUGCACGCCAGACAUAAACAGCCAGCAUCUGUGGAGCGCAGAUUCAUUGAUCAACCAAUGGAAACAGGGAGAAGGAGGGGGCAGCAGCAAGCCAACAGCGAAUUACAGCACGUUUUUAAAAGAAAGUGCAAUACAGCAGCAGCUGCAAAGGAGAGGGAGAGGGCUUGGGAGGAAAUCGCUGCUCGCGUCAAUGCGUAACUUUAAAUCUAGUCUCGUGCAAUCACAAUGACAGACUGUUGCAGGGAAACUGCUUGAAUCAUUUUGAUCAUGUUUAACAUUGUCAAGUAAGUAUUAAGUGGCAGUUUGAUCCCUUAGAAAAUGCUCUUUUCACACUCAAAAAUGAAUUUUACUCUCUUGUGAUGUUCCGUUAAAUGAUUAGGAAUAUUAAACUAACUCUCAGUAUGUAUAUGUACAUAUAUUAAACUAACACACACUACACUCAAUAUUAGACUUUCACUCAGCAAAAAAAAACGGGUGGUAGCCCAGCGGCCCCACCUUUAACGGAGGCAGAGGAGCUGCCCCCCCCCGUGCGUGUGUGUGUGUGUGUGUGUGUGCGUCUGUGGGGGGGGGAAUUUGUGAUCGGACCGGCCGCGAUCGUCGAACGGGGGGGGCAGCUCCUCUGCCUCCGUUAAAGGUGGGGCUGCUGGACCACCGCCCGUUUUUGUGUUAGUUUAAUAUUCCUAAUCAUUUAACGGAACAUAAUAAGAGAGUAAAAUUCAGUUUUGAGUGUGAAAAGAGCAUUUUUUAAGGGAUCAAACUGCCACUUAAUACUUACUUGACAAUGUAAAACAUGAUCAAAAUGAGAAAAUGCCGAUGUCUCACCAGAAACUCUGGGUUUACUGAGUUAAACCUGCUCCCGAGCAGGUUAGGUUCACGGAGUCUGUUACUGUGGUAACUGACCGCGAGGUUGAGUUACCUCUCUUUGUGAAACAGGUUAGAGUUACCCCUCUCUCCCUGGUUUAACUAACCCUCCUUUGAGAAACGGAAAACUCAGAGUUUCCCUGAUUUCAGGGUUAACAAACUCGGAGUUUCCACUAAACCUGCUACGUGAAACGGACCCCUGAUCACUGCUGUGUAGAGUUAGAUAUUUAGUAGAAAAGUAAACCCAUGAGCCCUGGUCAUGACCUGCUUUGUUUUUUUGGUUAUAGUUUUUCCCCCCCCCCCCCCCCACACACACACACACACACACACACACACACAAAAAGAGAUAGAAUUUUGAUAGUUUUGUAUUACUAUGUAGUAUUAUUAUUAUUAUAACAACAAAAAUAAUAUAUUUCUCAAUUGCAGAAAUCCUUCAAUAGAAAAAAACACAAUCCUGAGGGCCAUUUUGAGAAGGGCCCCCAGAUCCUGAGGUUUUCUGAUGUGUUAAGGUUUACAAAAAAGCUGCUAUCUCGGCCUCUGUAGUAGAUAGAAACAAAAUUCAUAAAGUAUUUGAGAGCUUAUACUUGUGGCUUUCAAGAAAGCUCUCUUUUAGUUUUGCGAACCUUCAUCACAUUUUUGAAAACCUUGAACAAACAAACUUAAAUGAAAUAAAGUGGCUGUGUAAAUAAAAGUAAAGGCUCUGCACUGGAGAAUGACAAAUAAUUUGCUUUCUGUAAAACAAGUGGCAGUCAUGAUAAAGUGUCCAUUCAAUACAAAUGUAAAUAUAGAAAACAAGGUGUUAAAGGGUAUACAGCUGCCCCAGUAUAGUGCCAGUACAAAAGCAGAACUAAAAACUAAAAAAUGAAUAAAUAAAUACGUGGCUGACAGUGUGUUCAUCUCUGUUCUCACCCAAAGUCAUGCAACACUCAGAGAAAACGCUGAUAGUGUGAGCCAAAGCACUCCAUAUGAAGAGGUUGUUCACACUGCUGGAUGUUUCUCCUCUGAAGCUGCUCUCCUCUCUGUCUCCGUCAUUGUUUACGUCACUCAUGAAGCUCAUCAAGCACAUAGCAAGAUCCGAGCAUGAACCCGAGCGCUUUAUUCGCCUAUCAAAGGCAGACGGGUACGGUGAUUUCAUUCACCGCGACUCCAGAAAUGAUUAAAAAACUACAAAAUGACGUAUCCGCGCUCCCGCUGAUAUGCUGACAUGCGUACACAGAGCAGAGCUGUCCCCCUGCGACUCUCUCCCCGCCUCGUCUCCUACAGUCUGUCAGCCUCUGUGCAGCACCUUCGGAGCAAGCAGGGGCGCCUACAGCAGCAGGGGGGGCGCCAAUUUGACAACAAGAGUUAACACAAAACCGCUUUGCGGUUAAGAUUUAUUACUAUUAUCUUUUAUUUUAUAUUUUUGGAAGUGCUCGUGCCGCCCCCCAUGAGUCAUGACACAAAUGCCGCCCCGGGCGGCUGCCCUGUUCGCCCGUGCCUAGAACCGCUACUGGAUACACAUAAUAAAUCUGCAAGGAUGCUUGUGACAAAUGCCUGGAAGAAUAACUUACCACAUCAAAAUGGUGUCUUUGAUGGGAAUAAAUCCCUAAAAUCUUUUAAAUAUAAAGCAGGAUUGACUGCUGGGUCCUACAGGAACUUCAAAGUCCAGAUCAACACACGUGAGAUCAUAUCCCUCGUCCUUAGGUGACCAGUAUUUUCAAGUCGGAGUGUGAACCUCCUCAAGGUUAAAUUCCUUUGAAAAUCUAAUAACUUUGGUUGUUUUCUAGUGUUACUGAAUAAGGAAACUGUGACAAGUGUGCUCCUGAAAAAUGAGUUCUUGUUUUACUGCAUAACGUGUUCAGAGUAAAAAUACAAUUUCAAACCUGCAAGAAGUUAUCAGGUUGUGAAUAAAACUCUGGGCCUUUUUACACCCGCAUAGUUCUCUAAAUGACCUCUAGGCUCGGAUCAUGUGAGCACAGCAUUCAUCUCAACUCUCAGCUAACUGCAUCUCCGCCUUCAAUUCUCUAUCAAAGACAUAUCCAAUGAUUAUUUCAGCAGCUCUUUUCCCACAUCAGCUCAUUUCAGCUUCCUGCAGGGGUCUGACAAAAAAAAAAAAAAAAUCCUGGCCACUGUGGUCUUUGCCUCUGCUCUCUGUAAAGGUCUUCAAAAAAAUCACCAUUAGUUCAUUUGCAGAGUUCUCUGAUUUUGUUUUUUGGACCUCACCUGACACAGGAAUGACUUCAUUAACAGAGGGAAAGUUUGUAGUUGUGGUCAGUUAGAAAUCAGUGGAGUGCUGGUUUAAGUCCAUGCUCAUAUGUCACACCGUGCGUACAGGGCCACAGAGCCUAAGGUGAGUUCCCUGGAUUCAUCUCCCAACCUGGGUAUUUUGCUGCAUGUCAUUCUAAGCUGUUUAACUUUCUAUAGCUCUCAAUAAAAGCAUAAAAAGACUCCCAAAAAAAUCCAGAAAAUAAUGGUGAUAAUUCAUGUGAAAUAUUAGGGAACAAUGGUCAUAAUUGAAGGAUGAAUAAAAAAGUCCUUUGGGGAACAUGGUAUGGGUUUACAGGUGAACAUGCUAUAUGAUGAAACCUGAGUGACUCUUUGGAUGGAUAAGAGUGAUGAUCCAGUGUGUCUUUGGAACAUGAACACUUUAUAGAAGCAGAGGUGAAGUGCACAUUAUUUAGUCUCUACAUGAUUGAGCUUUCUGUGCCUGUGUUGAAAUUCAGAGGGGAAACAGAUCUUGUUGUUCACGGGAAGAGCCUGGGAGCUUUUAUGUGCUGAUACUGCAGAAUCAAACAGAGUGCUAUCAGUGUUUCAGCAGAUCCUGUCCAACCACAGGGUUAUCCAAACAGAGCUCAGUGUGCAGGUGCUGUUUGUGCUGUGCUGUUUUGUAGAGAUGCAUUUUUCAGGACCAUCCUCAGGAUAUUCAGUGCAUCAAGAAACAGUCAAGGUGAAGACCUAAACUGUAUACUACUGGUCUAAUUUAAAGGGAUAUUUCAAUAUUUUUGAACUGGGGUUGUAUGAGUUGUGUGUCAAUAGUAAAUGUAUUAACUACAAUGAAUGUCAGUCAUCCUGGCUGCUUUACUGAGAAGGACUGGCAUGCAAGCUCGGCUACAGUUUUCUGAAAAAUGGUGCUGACUCUGCCACAGACUUCAGCUAUUUUUAAGAGACUCUGAACCAGUGUUCAGUGUAAGUGUGCACUCUAUUAAGAGAGUUUACAGCCCUUUACUUCACCAUCAGAAAGCCCUAAUAUAUAUUUUUGCACACACAUACACACGCACGCACGCACGCACACACACACACACACAGGCAUGCUCUUCUGCAUGCAGUAGGAUCAGCUCAUAGGGUUCAUGAUGUACAAGUCACUGAUUUGAUAUAAAUGGAGAUACUUUAGCAAGCAUGAUGUUCAGCAGUAGAAGCUUCAGAUCAGUCUGCAGAUGCAGUGAUGUAUGAAGAGUUUGUUAUUCCAGCCUCAGCAGCUAACUCUGUGUAUUCAGAUCAGGUGAACAGAUCCUGUGGUCCAUGGGUCGAGUCAUUGGACAGUAAAAACACUGAGAGCUGAACUCUGACUGAAGACUCUCAGCCUUUCUGAUAGAACUUCUGAACCUUGAAGAAAGUGGGUAACGGAACGUGUUUUCAGUCCAGCAGUGGACUCUGGUUGGUGAGAGUGCAGACUGCAGCCUGGUAUGAACUGCUGCUGGAUUUGGUUUUUGAAUGAUCCAGAGGUGCUGUUGGUACCAAGUCCCACUCCUGACAAGCAGUGGGUAUUAGCUCACAGUUUAAACACCUGAGCCACCAGGUGACCUGGGAUCACUUUUGCUCUCCAGUUAAUGUUGAAAUCUCCCUGCUUUUACCUUUGGUGCAUUGAAUGAACCCUGGUUUAUAAAUGUGUCAGUGUGUUUCUGCAGAAUGUAAGCAUCAUUUCAUCAUUGCUGUCAGAAUUACUCAGUGUUUAGUUUUCUUUUACUUUUGUUUCUUUGAAGCCCAUAGACUAAACAACUGAUCACUGCACUACAUGCAGAAGAGCACGUCUGCGUUGUAUCCAAAUUCAGUGGAAAAAUAGAUGGGCUUUCUUAUGACACUCAAGAUGCUUAGCCAUGACCUGUCAUGGUCAGAGUCCCUCAAAAUUAGUUCAAUUAUGUGGCAGACUCUGCAGAAUACUGUGGUUGAGCUUAUGUGUCAGUUUUCCUGGCACUUUUUCAUUAAAGGGCCUGAGCUGACACGAGUAGCAUGUGACUCAUACUCAAAAAUACUGAAACAUCUCUUAAAGAUAUUGCUCAUUUUGAGAUUGCAGCUGUGAUGAAUAGCAAUCAAAUUAAGAGGCUCUAAAAUAAGCUCUAAUCAGCUCAGAUCCUGUUUGGGACUCAUUCUGUCAUCUGUUCACACAGCCCCCCACCCUCCACAAUCAAAGCAUCCUAACCCCACAGGAGAAAGUGCUUCACCCUCUACGGUCCACACUUGACAUCUACACUUUGCCUUUCUUUCUGAAUAAGCCAAAGACGUCCACUUUGGUCCAAGUUCUCACAGUGUGCUUUAGGGAAAGUUCCCCCUCAAGAGUUCCCCCUAAGAGGGGAUAAAGCCUCAGAUUGAACACUUCAAAGAACUUUUAAUCUCAUAUUUGCCUGGAUAAGAUCUCCAGUUCACCAUGCAGGAAGUCCCACAGCCUCCACUUUUGUUUGAAUAUUUCUCACUGAACAGAGCUUGGCUGCAGUUUUAUCUCGAGCACUUAUGAACCAAUAAAACAGACCCUCAGCUUAUCCAGGGCCCCUGCAUUUCCCUGGGAAAGAGGCUCUGCUUUGUGUCUUUCUCUUCAAAGUUUGUAAGGAAAAAUGUCUUUUGAUUGACAGACUGACAGAUCAGGUUUCCCUCAGUGAGAAAUAGCAGAAGACACAUCUGACUGCCCCCCAUAAUGAGCUUAGUCGGAGCUUCACAUCAAAGCUGGACAGUUGGGUGGAGGACACUGAUGAAUUGUAGUAGACCUGUGGAAUCUGAGGUAGUAUAUGCAGUAUUACAUAAAUGCUAGUCCUCGGGUUUCACGAUGCAUGGAUGUACUUUUUGAUGGUGUAUGUGGACCUUUCAUGGUCAAAAGAUAGACCCAGGGUAGAUUAGCCAUUUAAUGCUCACAGAGGGGUUGAAAUAACUGACCGUCUUCUGAUUUCUGCUCAGAAAAGAGUCCUUAAAUUAAUUAAAGUUUUGCUGCAGUCAUGUAUUAUGUAAUUGAGCCAUCACUGAAAUAUAUUUGGUUGAGCUAAUCCACACUCUGGCAGCACUUGGCUACAAUUUUGGCUGAAGCUCAGGUAUUUCGAGGUCUCCAGUUUUCUCCUCAGUCAUUUCAGACUAUGUGAAAAUGUAAUGAACUGUCAGGAUGCAGGUAUGCAGGUGAAUCGCCCUCUCUGCAUCACAAUACAACACAAUACAACACAAGAACUUUAUUCAUCCCCAAAGGGGAAAUUCGUUUCUCUGGAGUCUCAUGUCUCUAAAAGUCAUCUACUAUUCACAGAAGAGUUGUAAAGUCUGAUGGCUGUGGGUACAAAGAGAGGGGAGCCGUCCACCACCAUUGGCCUUUUGGUCCAUUAAGGUGUUGUGAAGUGGGUGAUCCAUGUUCUUUAGAAUAGUCUCCACCUGCCUCAGUAUAGAUCUCUCCACCACAUCCUCCACUGAGUCCAGCUUGAGACCUACCACAGAGCCAGCCUUUUUCCCCAGUUUGUUCAGACGUCUCUCAUCUUUGUGUUCGAUACUUCCUCCCCAGCAGACUGCAGCGUAUAACAGAACACUGUAGACACCACAGACUGAUAAAACAUCUGCAGCAUCUUACUACAGAUGUCUAUUGAUCGGAGUCUUCUCAGGCAAAAGAGGCGGCCCUGUCCCUUUUUGUAGAUGAGGUCUAUAUUCUUAGACCAGUCCAACUUAUUAUCCAGGUCUACACCUAGAUAUUAAUACGAGGUCACCACCUCAAUGUCCACUCCACAGGUGUUCAAUGGCUGAAGAGGGGUUUGGAUCUGCAGAAAUCUAUGACCAUCUCCUUUGUGUAUUUACACUAACGACUGGUGUAAACAGGCUAAGACUGUUUCAAGCCAUUGCUCACCGUAAUUGGAGCUUUUGACUGUAAUCUGCAGACCAUUCUACCUACCCAGAGAGUUUAGCUAUGUUGUCAUCACUGCUGUGUCCCACUGAACAUUUCUUGGUCUAAACAGGUCUAACAGACAUCUAAAUGUAGCCUAGAUGACUGAUCUAAAAUCAGGCUACCACAGGUCUAAAAAUGAAAGUUUUUUAGACAUCUAAAUUUAGACCAAAUUUAGACUAAAUCUAAAUCUGGGCUAUAUCCAUACUGUAUGUUGCUCAAUGGCUAUCAUAAGUAUUUUGGUUAAAUACUUGGAGAUCAGUAGUGCUACUCACAGUUGCCUUUUGAAAUAGAUAGUUAUCGAAUAAUGGCUCAAAGUGCAACGUCUAAAUAACCCGCCCCAAAAUUCAGAAUCUAGACAGUUGAAAUUAGGUCUAAAAAAAAGAAACUAGAUGUCUAAUAGCCUUCUAUUGCUUAGUGGGGUUUGUGCUUACACAAAAGUGGCUCCUGACUGUUCUCUACCAGACCACCAACAAGUUGCAGUCAACUCACACGGAGGCCAUUUUCAUUGUUGCUGGGGACUUAAACCAGGUCAACAUGAAAACAGUUCUCCCACACUUUCACCAGCAGAUGGAUUGUACAACCAGGGGACAGAACACAUUAGACAUGGCCUACACCAACAUCAAAGAUGCAUUCAAAGCACCCCCCGCUCCCACCUUGGCUCAUGUACUAACUCAUAAUGUAAUAAUCCACUCAUAAUGUUAUAAAAUCAUGAGUGCAUAACCUAAUAAUAAAAAUAAUUUUUGCGAGAUUUUUUUCAUAUUUUUCUUGUCAUUUUGUUGGCUGCUGAUGGAUACUUCUGCUGGGUGAAGAGUUUACUCAAGAGAAGAGCUCCUUUCAUUGAGGAAAACCAAAUCUGGGAUCAGAGAAACGUCAACUCUUUGCCCAACAAAAACGAUGAGCUGGAGAUAUUGGUGAAGACUGAGAAAGCAUACUGUGAGUGAAGUUUCCUGUGUUUCACUGAGACCUGGUUGAAUCAAAGCAACUCGGACUCCAAUGUGGAUCUACCUGGCUUCACUCUUAUAUGGUCAGACAGAGAUGCUCAAGCUAGUGGCAAGAAGAAAGGAGGAGGUCUGGCUUUAUUUGUCAACCAGAGAUAGUGUAACCCUUCUCACAUAACUGUCAAGGAGAAGUUGUGUUGUCCAGAUAUGGAACUGUUAGCAGUUGCUCUUUGGCCAUAUUAUGUUCCAAGAUAAUUCAGUCAUAUCAUAACAGUAGUUGUUUACAUUCCACCUAAUUCAACUGAAGUAAUUCCAUGCAAUGUUCUGCAAAAUAGUGUUGCCAGGCUACAGACUCAACACCUGGAGGCACUAAUAAUAAUAAUAUCAGGAGACUUCAACCAUGUCACCCUCUCCUCUUACUUGACUGGCCUGGCUGGGCCAUCCAGUUGUGUGAAUCACUUGCCAUUCCUUCCCACAACAGUCUGGACUUCGGCCAAUUGGGAGCCCUAAAAGUGGGCGGGAGUACUUUCAUUGAAAGACAGACUAAUGUAACCAAUCACCGUAACCAAACAUCUGACAUCAUCACAGUGUGAAACUGUGUUCCCUGCUGGGCUCUCAAGCAUCAAGUAAAGGUUUGGUAAUAUUUCAACAUGUGCGAGCAAACAAUGUCUUUUACGUCUUCUUCUGCGGAUAUGAACGAUUUCUGCCGACUUUGCAAAGUCAACUGCAGAAUUAACGGUGUUCUGAAUGAACCGCUCUUUGAAAACCUCAGCAUGUGUUAGACGUCACCAUCUACACAUUGACCAAUCAGGGGCUGCCUUUCCCUGUUGUCCGGGGAACAGUGGAAACAGUCAUUGAUUGGCCCGGUUAUUUUCUGAUUUGCAAUACACGCUCCCAAUUGGCCGAAGUCCAUACUGUUGUGGGAAGGAACGGCAAGUGAUUCACGCAACUGGAUGGCCUAGCCAGGCUAUCACCUGACUGGAUUCACACAGUUUGUGAACUGUCCUACCAGAGAAAACAAAACCCUGGAUCUGCUGUAUGCCAAUGUCAAAGAAGCCUACAGAGCCACUGCCUUACCACCAGUGGGCAAGUCAGAUCAUAGCUUGGUCUAUCUGCAAACCUGUUACAGACCUUGUGUACUGAGGCAGCCUGUGACAAAGUCAAGAUUCCAAGAUGGACACCUCAAGCCAGUGAAGCUCUAAGGGACUGCUUUAAAUCAACAGACUGGAAUGUGCUGCUGGAAACAGAUGUGGAUAGUAUGAACAGUGAAAAACAGGUUAACUGCCUCACUGAAUAUGUCAACUUCUGUAGAGACACAGUUAUACCCAGAAAUACUGUUCGCUGUUUCCCCAGCAACAAACCCUGGAUCACAAGAGACAUAAAAGCAAUCCUUACAGACCUACAGACCAGUGGCCCUCACUUUACACAUCAUGAAAACCCUGGAGCGGCUGAUCCUAUGCUGUCUAGGGUCAGAGACAAACUGGAUUCCCCUGCAGUUUGCAUACAAAGAACACAUUGGAGUUGAUGAUGCCGUCCUCUACAUGCUUCACCGUGCCCUGUCUCAUCUGGAGGAACCUGGGGUUUAUGUGAGGAUCAUGUUCUUCGACUUAUCAAGUGCAUUAACACCAUCCAACCCACCAUACUCAAAGACAAGCUCACAGAGAUGGGAGUGGAUCCUUCUUGUGUUUCCUGGAUCGCAGAUUACUUGACAGGAGGGCCACAGUUUGUCAGGCUGGGGAACUGUGUUUCUGGGACAUUAAUGAGCAGUACAGGGGCUCCACAAGGGACAGUGCUGGCGCCAUUCCUGUUCACACUGUAGGCUAUACGUCAGACUUCAAAUACAGCACUGAGUCCUGCCACAUCCAGAAAUACUCAGAUGACACCGCUAUUGUGGCAUGUAUCAGAAAUGGACAAGAAGCUGAAUACAGAGAUCUGAUAAGAGCCUUUAGUGACUGGAGUCACAAAAACUGCCUCCUCCUUAACACCUCAAAGACAAAGGAGAUGGUCAUAGACUUACGUAGAUCCAAACCCCCUCUUCAGCCAGUGAACACCUGUGGAGUGGACAUCAAAGUGGUGACAUCAUAUAAAUACCUAGGUGUACAUCUGGUUAAUAAGUUGGACUGGUCUAAGAACAUAGACUUCAUCUACAGAAAGGGGCAGAGCCGCCUCUUUUGUCUAAAAAGACUCCGAUCAAUAGACAUCUGUAGUAAGAUGCUGCAGAUGUUUUAUCAGUCUGUGGUGGCAAGUGUUCUGUUAUACGCUGCAGUCUGCUGGGGAGGAAGCAUCAAACACAAAGAUGCAAGACGUCUUAACAAACUGGUGAAAAAGGCUGGCUCUGUGGUAGGACUCAAGCUGGACUCAGUGGAGGAUGUGGUGGAGAGAUCUACACUGUGGAAGGUGGAGACUAUUCUCAAGAACAUGGAUCACCCACUUCACAACACCUUGAUGGACCAAAAGGCCAAUGGUGGUGGACGGCUCCUCUCUCUUCGUUGCAGGACAGAAAGAUUCAGAGGUUUUUUCGUACCAACAGACAUCAGACUUUAUAACUCUUGUAUAAAUAGUAGAUAACUUUUAGAGACAUGUAAAGUGAGACAACAGACAGUUGAAUUUCUCUUCGGGGAUUAAAUAAAUUCUUCUUAUCUUAUCUUAUCUUAUCUCAUCUUAUCUUAAUAACAUCUUUAUGCAUAAUGUAAUAAUGGAACAGUUUAUUCCAUUAUGAGUUGCUACAGCCCCUCACCAGACCACCUAUCUCUUAUGCUAACACCUGCAUACAAGCCCCUGUUCAUUAGAGGAAAACCUACAGUGAGGCAGGUAAGAGUAUGGACUGAGGGGGCUCUAGCACUUCAGGGCUGUUUUGAGUGCACCAACUGGGACCUGUUUAAGACAACUGCCACCCAUAGUGAUCACACAAACAUUGUAGAGUACGCCACGUCUAGGUUUAAUUGUAAGCCUACUGAGUUAGCAUGCCUCAUGAUGAUGUUAUAUAAGGUCCCACUAUGAAUGAAUAUCAAACAGUUGUGUUUGCUCAGAUGUCAGUGGUGCAAACAUGAGCUGAUAUCUGACUGUUGACUGUAACGGUGCUUUCUUCUUGGUCUGACAGGUAAAGGAGACAGAGAUGCUGUUCUGGACACUGAGGUUGUCCUGACUAAAAUGAAGCUCCUCAGUCAUCUUCAUGAGAGGCUCUUCAUAAAUGAUGACUCCACGGUGACACUUCCUGAGCAGCAAACCAAGUCCUCUGAGAUGAAACCACAUCAAGACGAAAAAUCUAUUGGACCACAGACCAAGUCCAGCUCGGACUACCUGUCAGAGAUUUUCUCUGAUUCCCAGCUCCCCAGGCUGUACAAGUUUGAGUCUGAGGACUCUGGUGUGGAGCUGCCUAGUGGAGCCAACUCUCCAUCCACCCCGACAGGCUCUGAGCAAAGCUUUGUGGUCCACAGCCGAGAAUCAUCCUGUGACUCAUGCAACUUGAACUCUGAUGCUGUUAACCUGCCUGGUGAACUGGUCACAUAUGCACAGAGCUCAGGGAUGAAACAGGAGCAGGACUCAGUGGACAACAGUCCAAAUACAGUAGAGGACAGUCAGGACAACAUGUUCAUACCUGCAGGAGAGCUUCAUAUAGGCGAGGGCGUUGAUACUGAGCAGUGUAGAGUUUCAGAUAUCAUCCCUGAGGAGACCAAGGAGACGUCUGAACAGCUGAAGGAGAAUAUUACUGUCACAGAAAGGACAUGCUCAGAGGACAUGAGGCCUGGGGGGCGAUCUUCAGCAGAAGUCUGUGAGGACAUCAUUGUGAAUGACUUUGAGUCUCAGCCUCGAUGGAGGAGUGGCACCAGUGAGAGCCUGGAGGAGUACAUGGAUGAAUGCUGCAGACUAAGUGAGGUAAGAAGAACAGGGUCUUUACUCACUCAUCUGUCUGUCUCUUGGAUCAUAGGAUCCCUUAACUAGAUUAAAACAGGCCAACAGGGACUCUAUAGUUACUCUGCAGCCAUCUCUUACACAGUAUAAAACAUGGACGUACUCUUACCAGAGAUGGGAAUUGUAAAGUCACCAAGUCAUCUCCAUGCCAUGUAUUUGUUCUGCUCAGUUACUGAACCAGGUGCCUUCACUAAUGAGCUCACCUUCCUGGCUACUCAUUGGAUGCAGCUGGUUCAGUGACAGAGCAGAACAAAUACAUAGCAUGGAGAUGAUUGGUGACUCCACAGUUCCCAUCUCUGACUCUUUUUUUAAAAUAAUUACAGUGCAUCCGGAAAGUAUUCAUACAACUUCACUUUUUCCACAUUUUAUAUUACAGCCUUAUUCCAAAAUGGAUUAAAUUCCCUUUUUCCCUCAAAAAUUCUACACAAAAUACCCCAUAAUCACAAAGUGAAAAACUUUUUUAAAGCACAUUUUGCAAAUUUAUUAAAAAUAAAAACACUCAAAUGUUGCAUUUACAUAAGUAGUUAUACCCUUUACUCAAUUGUAACCCAUGUCAAAAUAUGACAUAAAUAAGAAUAAAUAGUUGAAUAAAAGCUGCAUAUAUAAGUUUGAAAGUUAAAAGUGACUAAUUUAAUGUCAAUUAAUCAUCAGAGAUAAUUAAAAAUUAAAAGUCUGCUGACAGAAAAAGACGUCGCUGCCCCUUUAAGGGACCAGCGACACAAACGCAGCACCUCAGUGACGCUGCAGCAAGAGACCUGAGGGAGAGAGCAGAGGAGGAACCGGAGAAGACGAGCAGUGAUUAAUGAACAGAAAAAGCAGUGAAAAAGUUGAUAAAACAGUUGAAAACCAUAACUUACUUGGUCGGGAACUGACAGGGAUUUUAUGAGAACUAAGCCACAUCGAUUUUGGUCAGGUUUUUUGCACGGUUGGAAGCUCGGUCGGAGCGAGGAUCGGUCUGCCAUGUGCAGGCAUGCACAUUCACAGACGGGAUUCAAGAUGGCGAGCCAGACCCAGACCUUGAACUCAUCUUUCCCAUCGCAUCGUGAGGGUGUCUCCUGCGUGUGGUAACUCCUUGCCACAGUGGUAGGGGUACCAGGAACUAGUUUGAACUGAGAACUGAUUGAAUUAUUAUUUUUGGACUGAAUCGAACUGAAACUUUUCAUUGAACUGAACACUUGAAUUCACAUUUGGACUUGAACUUAAACUUAAAGUGUCAUACUUUUAUUUUAUUAAGUUUAUGUUUUUUGAAUGUGAUUUGAAUAACUGUGGUCCACUUUGAUUUAUUUGUGGUUACGGUGUUUUCUUACUUGUAAAAGAAGGAAAAAAAGAGUUAACUUAGGAAGAAAAAAUAGGAAUCCUAAAAUAGGUACAACCUAGGAAAAAGAGACUGGUCUAAUUAAAUUAGAUUAGCUUUACUAAAAUAAACUAGGUGAACUAAAGAACAAAAACGAAGAGUGAGAUAUAUUUUUUUCCUCCAUUUAUACUUACCUUUUCAUUGAAAACCUGCAGGGUAUUUUUGGGUUCAUAUACUGUGUUUUAUAUGUGUGUUUGUAUUCAGUAAAUUGCUGGCCUUUUCUACUUAAAGCAACUGUCUCUGGUGUUAUUACUCUUGCUCCCCACUCCUUAGAGCCUAGAACUGGUCCAGUGGCGCAGUUAGUGGUGUGAUAACGGUGCUAUACAAUACUUGGUCGAAGCACCUUUGGCAGCGAUUACAGCCUCCAGUCUUCUUGUGUAUGAUGCAACAAGCUUGGCACACUUGGAUUUGGGGAGUUUUUCCCCAUUCUUCCUUGCACAUCCUCUCAAGCUCAGUGAGGUUGGAUGGGCAGCGUCGGUGCACAGCUACUUUCAGGUCUUUCCAAAGAUGUUCAAUCGGGUUCAAGUCUGGGCUCUGGCUGGGCCACUCAAGAACAUUCAGAGACUUGUCCUGAAGCCACUCCUUUGUCUUCUUGGCCGUGUGCUUAGGGUCAUUGUCAUAUUGGAAGAGUUCGAUCUUCGUUUCAUCAGACCAGAGAAUUUUGUUUCUCCUGGUCUGUGAGUCCUUCAGGUGCCUUUUAGCAAAGUCCAAGCGGGCUGUCAUGUGCUUUUUACUGAGGAGUAGCUUCUGUCUGGCUACUCUACCAUAAAUGCCUGACUGGUGGAGUGCUUCAGAGUUGGUUGUCCUUCUGUAGGGUUCUCCCAUCUCCUCAGAGGAACACUGGAGCUCUGUUAGAGUGACCAUCAGGUUCUUGGUCACCUCCCUGACCAAGGCCCUUCUCCCCCCCUGCUCAUUUAGGCUGGGCGGCCAACUCUAGGAAGAGUCCUGGUGUUCCAAACAUCUUCCAUUUCUUAACGAUGGAGACCACUGUGCUUUUUGGGAUCUUCAAUGCCGCACAUAUUUUUUUGUAACCUUCCCCAGAUCUGUGCGCCGAUACAACCCUGUUUCGGAGGUCUACAGACAAUUCUUUCGACUUCAUGGCUUGGUUUGUGCUCUGACAUGCUCUGUCAGCUGUGGGAUCUUAUAGACAGGUGUGGCUCCAAAUCAUGUCCAAUCAGCUGAGUUUGCCACAGGUGGACUGCAAUCAAGUUGGAGGAAUAUUUCAAGGCUUACCAGUGAAAACAGGAUGCACCUGAGCUCAAUUUUGAGUUUUAUUGCAAAGGCUGUGAAUACUUAUGUAUAUGCAACAUUUGAGUGUCUUAUUUUAAUACAUUUGCAAAAUGUUCUAAAAAAGUUUUUUGCUCUGUCAUUAUGGGGUAUUUUGUGUAGAACUUUUGAGGGAAAAAAGGAAUUUAAUCCAUUUUGCGUCCUUCCCCAUGUCCAUUGUAGACAAUGUCCUUAACCUUUCCCCAUCGAGGGCAUAUUCUUGAGAGGAAUAUCAACAUCCUAACCUCCACUGUGCAACCAAGAACCAGAAAUAAAAAAUAAAAUAGAAUUAGAAACCACCAAACGAAAAUAUUUACAAAUGUGCUGAGGGUAACAAAAAAAAAAAAGAAAAGAAAAUAUAACCAAUGGAGAGAGGAGUGCCUAACUCAGAAUUUCUGUGAAAGCGCUCUACGUUAGAGCAGGGGAGCCAACUGGAUCAUACAAAAUCUGCUCUUAAUGGGGCGAUAUGCGUUAUCCAUCUGUUCCAAAUUUGAUAAAAUGUAUCCUCCUGUGUUCCUAUCUGGUAUAUGAGCUUUUCCAUUCGAAAGAUCUCCAAGACUAUCCCAUGCCAGUCUCCCAGCUUGGGCGGGAUCGCGUUUAGCCAUCUUCUAGUGAUCGAUUUUUUAGUGGCCGCCAAUAAUACCUGUAUCAGUUUUGUAUCUCUCGACUGGCUCAGGCAUUCAACCCUUCCUAGAAACAAGGUAGCGAAAUCAGAGGGUAUUUGAGUAUUGAACACUGAGCAUAGUGAUCUGUGGAUACUUCCCCAGAAAAACUGUUAAUUUAGGGCAUUUCCAGAAAAUAUGAAAGUGACCAGCUUUUUCCGCACCACAUUGUCUCCAACAUGGCCUAUUAUCCCCUCUAUAUCGUUCCUGGUACAGAGUUUUAAAGUAUCUGAUAAUAUUCUUCCAACAAUGUUCUCUCCAGUCCAUGAAGCAUGUCGAGGUCGACUGGAAUUCCCAGAUCCCCUUCCACAUCUCUUCCGAAAUCACUAUCCCAGCAUCCCUUUCCCAUCUUUCCUUAAUGUAUAGUUCUUCUCUGACUCUUACACACAGGGCUGGCAUCCUAACCUCCACCAAACUUCCAAAUGUGGAUUUCAGCUGUGGGAGGGUUGACUUUGACAACAUAUGUAAUUGUAGUCCUCACCAACUUUUACAGUCAGUCAAAAAAAACAAAACUGAUAUGUUAUGUUUGUGUGUGCAUUUGUUGAGUGUGUGUGUCUGAGUUAAGAAUAAUUAUAUCUGUGUCAGACCAGAGUCUAAUCCUUUCUGGAUGAGCAUGUCCUUGCUAUGUAGCUUGCUAUGUCCUCUGUCAUUACCUUUAAUUUGAAGUCUCCAUGUUAGCAGGUAAUGACAUUACUGUGACUGAAAUCAGCUUCACAGACUCUGUCAUUUCAGGGCUGUUACAGACACAUGGGUUUCCUUUGAUUUUCAGAUACUCUCUGUAGCUCAGCACUAAUAGUUGGAUGUAAAAAGCCCCGCAGCUGUACCUGUAGUCACCUCUUUGCUGUGAAAACAUGAUGAAAAAGCCACAGGUAAGGGCAUGUUUCAUUCAUGUUACCAGAAAAACUUCCCUGUUCACAGAAAGAGAGAGGAAGAGAGAGAGAGAGAGAGAGAGAGAGAGAGACUGAGCACCUGACAGGUGUGGAAGCUGCAGAGUCAUAAUCACCUGUUUGAUGUCCCUAAAAACAUCUCCAUCAGGCACUGGGACUGUCUGUCAUUACAGCAGCUAUUAGACCCAGACUUUGAUGCAACCUUCAGUUUUCUGCACCAAUCACUGCUGUUCUUUUUAACCAGAGGGACAAAUCAUGUACACCACUGCAGACUGAAGGUCUGAAACACCUCCUUUCCUUCUUCCUGCUUUAAUAUUUCAGAGCUACAUGAUAAUAUAGCUGGUCUGUUCACCUGUGACAAGCUCACUUCUGUUUUGCAUGCAGGCCUCUCAGCAGACAUAGUCAGGAUAGCAAGGAUGCAUGCCUCCACUCCACUCAAUGGCCCUCAUUUAUCAAGCUUGCGUACGAAAAUUUUGACCAAAUCUCAUGACAGGUCUGACAUUGUGUACGCAAGUUUGAGUCAGUGUGGAUCUGCGGUGCAACAAAUGUCUGUUUCGAAAUAAUUGAUAAACAAACCUCAAACCUGUCAUUAAGCACAAUCAGCCAGAUUUCAUUAAAGAUUACGACGUAAAUAAAAUAAAAUACAUUUAUUAUGUCCUUAGUGAAUAGGCCUAUUUGAUAACUGCCCAGAAACACUGCCUCAGAGCAGAAGCGCCGUUUUAACAUUACGCACACACGCACCACUGUGGAGCACUGCAUUUGACUCCUAAAAGGCAGGUGUCUCUAUCUUGGCCCAGCAGAGGGGAUGCUUUUACACUCCUGAAAGGGUGUGGGACAUCAUUUGGGCCAGUUCAGUUUCGCACAAUGUUGCACUGGCGAAUACAGUGCCGUUGGCUGUGCCAGUGCAACAUGAGGACCCGAUGCCCGGAGAACAAUAACGAGGAGAGACUCCACAAAGGUGCUGUGCAGAGGAGGCAGGACCUUAUUGAUGGAUUCUGACAUGUAAAAUAUAAGUUUAGAAAGUGCUCUUGCUACUUAAUCAGUGAUAAAAAUCCAAUAGAAAUCCAUAAAAAUAUGCCUCAGGGGCAGCAACACACCGUUUGAUGACGUUAAUAAUUAUUUUUGUUCAGCCUCUGUCAGACCCUCCAGUCUGCUCUACAUUACAAAGACGCAACAAAUUUAAACUAAAUGCUUUAAAUAAUAGGUGUAACGUACCCAUGGCAAUAAAAAAAUGUGAGGCAUGUAUGAGAUAUUAAUUUAUCAUCACGAGCAAUUUAAUGACAAAUGAUUUAUUUAAACUUCAGCCAAUGUCCACUAUUCCGGCGCUGUUCACCGCCUCCAUAGUCCUGCUCCAGACAGGAGUUUGCUGGACUUCUUUUAGACCAGUUUUGAUGCUUCCAAAGAGAAAAUCCUUGUUAGCACAGAUGUGAGGAUAUCCACUUUCAGCUCAGAAAAGUUUUGAAUCUUUCUAAUAUUUCUCCUCUUUCAUGUUUGACCUCAGUGGGCGACACUUCUGAACCACAAAUAUUUAAGGGCAUGACAUGUUAAUGACGAUCGAUUUCAGCCGCCGCAUUUACCAAGACCCAAUUAUACGUACGCUGGGACUGGUCAGAUACGAACCCUUUCAUAAAUCUCAUGUGUGUCCUAUCCUAUGAUGAAUCCUGCACUCAGAUCUGCGCUCAGAUCUGCCCAAGAUUGAUAAAUGAGGGCCAUUAUCUCCACUUCUGGACAUGAUGAACGUCUGCUCACAGCACGAGUAACUUGACUGAUGACAUAUAAACAGCAGUUAAACGUGUAGUCCUUAAUUGGGUUGGUAACUGUUCUGGUAGCUUUAGCACAUGUGGGUGAACCCUUAAACCAGGAAAAAGCUGCAUUUCAGACCCAGAUAUUUCCCCCACAUUCUUUCCACCUAUUCCUCAAAAACAAAAUAAUGUCACGUUCAAAGGUUGUCCUGACGACAAGGCUUUUAUUAUUGCAGGCACAUCAAGGUAACCCAAACAUAAGGGGCUAUUUGCACUCUGUUAGGUAGGGAGGGGGGUGCUUACAGUCUGUGGCAGCUUUUCAUGGAUGUCAUACAUCACCUGUUCAUCUGUAUGAAGGAACUGGAGAUUUUUCCAUGACACCGCUGCUGACUGUUGGCCCCGCUCUCAGCUGGGCCCCUUCUUGCUGCUUGGCAGCCUACCUGGAUGCAUGAAAUAGGUGUCAAAUAUCUCAGAUGACACACAUAUUUACCCAGAUAGAGGCUCUUUGAAAAGCCUCGGGGGCCCUGUGAGGUAAUGGCAUGUGGCAGUGGCUUUAGGGGCCCCCGUAUGAUGGACUGUAGGGGUACAUUGCUGACAGGCCAGGUGCUGGUGCUGCUUUCACUGUCAUCUGCAUCACUUGUCACCAUAGCUAAUAAUGUAAUUACUUUUAUAAUGUAAUUAGGGAUAUUGGAAUUUUUAACCCCAAACAUCAAGGACCCCCUCUGUGUCCAACGACAGCCCUCCAAACCCCUGCCCCUUUCUCUGUGAGUCAUUAAAUAUAAGAAAACCUGAUCUCUCAGAGUUCACAGGCUCAGGUGGUCUUUACACAAGUACGAAUUUGUAAGACACUGGUAAAAUAAACUAUCGAUCUAGUGAUAUUGACACACGGAGACGCGAAUUUGUCCAUGACGCAGCAUCUUUUUUGAAAACAGGUCUGCAGGUGGAUAUCUGGUCCAGAAAAGACGGUGACCUCAUAGCACCCCUCCGCCUCUCCUCCUGUCACACACACAACAUGUAUGUGCAUGCGCAUUCACUGUUUUUGGUGCUUUGUGGCAAUUUCACAGUGUCACCUUUAGGCCGGGCGUAUGUACUACAGGAUUUUGCGUGGAUUUUGCAUUGUCAUGUAAAUGCACUAAGCCUAUGUACAAUACGAUGUGUUAACAGCGAUACAUGUUUUGGUACAGACGCCAAGACAAUACGGGGCCGUCCUCGUGUGAGGAGAGCCUCAGAUGUUGGGAUACGAAUUGCUGCAUUGCUGUCAUACUUCCAACAUCAGGUCAUGACAAAAAUCAUGUGGUUCUGUUCAACUACAUAUCUGAAAUCUUUUACUUUGAUCGUGAAGGAAAAAUUCUGUUUUUUUCACUAAAUUUAUCCAGAAACACCUUUGAGAGUUAUAUAAGACAAUACACUAGAGAAGCUGGGACAUACCACGGUGAUAUGAGAAAAGAAAAUGGUGUCAUUCGACAGAUUAUUUGAUUAUCAUUAUACGCAUGAUUGCUUUGGGAUAAAAUUGUUACGAAUUGAACAAAGGCCAGGAUCCAAAAAUACGGAGGCAAAUGCCCAAAUUUAUUGACAAUAAACAAUAGAACAAAGUGAACAACAGAAAAUCGCUGUUUCCGGGUAAAGGUACGGUCAGCUUGGACGGCCACUAAAAAACACAAAACCAGGGUUAGAAGCAAGGUAAAAUAGCUAAAAAUCUUCUCAACUGGAGGAAAAAACACAAACAAAGAAUCACCUUUGCUCAAGGGAAAAACUCUCUGGAAAGCAACAAAAGAACUCACUAACAAACACUAAGAGGCAGGCUGGAUACACGGGCAGGAGAUCAGGGAGCUCGGCGUGGCAAGACACGUGUUGCCCGACUGAGAAAUCAUCCGGCACUGAGUCGACACAGGAGCUGGCAUAUAAAGCCAGGUAAUUGACACCAACGUGAAUCAGGUGCGUGCAAUCAGUCCAGGCCAGCCCCGCCCCCCGCCGUGCCUCCAGCACUGCAGAGAGAGGGAGAGAGAGAGACAGAGAGACAGAGAGAGAGAGAACACACAAAGAGGAGAGGAACACAGGAAUCCCAACUGCUGCAUAACUCAAUAUCCUCACUAAAAUCUUCAUAUAUAAAAUAUCGUCAUUCCCCCCAACACUACAAGAGGAAAGUCUUAUCUUCUUACCUACCUCACUUAGUACUCUGUCAUAUUAUUACUGUAAAAACUACAGGUGUGAUGAACAGUUUCAUUAUGAUCAUCGUGUUGGGGUCGUGCUUUGAUGCGUCUUGUGUUGACCUCCUCAGCAUCUUCACUUUUACCUACAUCCCCAUCACUCCUCUCCUCACAGCUCUGAACUGGUCAUGAGGGAAAAAAAUCUUUACAUCUUUGCUGCACGUUUGUUGAUUCCGUGUUUUUACUGAAGUUAGCUCAGUUCUAACUCAAAUGUGAAAAACACACUCCUGUAACUCAUUUUUCUGUUACAUUAAGGAAACACACCUGAAUCUGAUAUGAGCCAGUCUACUUCACAGCUAACUUUUCUUAUGGUUAAAUCUAGUUUUGACCUAACACUGUUAUACAAAUAUGUAAACUCAACAUUGAUCUACUUCGCAGGUAACUUUUCACAAGGUGAAAUCUUAUUAUGACGUUAAUAUUGUUAUACAAAUACUUAGUAUAUUUAGUUUUAUUUAGUAACUCAAUAUAGAAUGCAGAAUUCACCUGUAAGCAUCACUUUGUGCUUUCAUUGCUUUUUAAACAUCAUUAUCUGGGUCUUUUACAUCAUGGAAAUUCUGUUCAGAUAUUGAUCUCAGUCGAAUUUAUCUCUUCUCUCUCUGUAUUAUUAGAGAGAGAGAGAGAGAGAGAGAGAGAGAGAGAGAGAGAUUGGACAAAGGUACCUUUGACCAGGAAGUUAUUCCACCUUGAGCAUGAGCGCCUCGAGUGUUUAAAAUGUAAAGAAUAUUUUGUUUCAGGACAUACACAAGAGGUGACACUGGAUAUACUUAGGACUAAUCACGACAUUUCAACUAGGGUAAAGAUAAAAAGAUAUUCACAGAGUUGGACUUUCCAGGUCAAUAACUAAUUAAUUAAACAAUGUAGAGUCAAACCCUCUUUUAAUAACUGUCACGAAGACUAUCAGCCUCAAUCUCAUUUUCCACAAAACAAGCCGUCCUCCAAGCCGCCAGACAACUGCAAUUUGUCUCAAUUCACUGCUGGUGUGGGCUCAAUGGCAUAGAGACCAUCGGCAAAUUAUCGUAGAAAAGAAAAUUUAAGAACUUCACCACAAAGAGAUGUGAUGUCCUUAAAAACACAAUACACAUAAAUGACCAUAUGCUGUUCAUUUGCUGAUUUAUGCAAUGCAUAUAAACGUGCUGAUUAAAACAGGAGUGACAAUGUAAUAAUUAGUCAGUUUAUCUCUGUCUAAAGGAUUUGCAAAACCAUUUCCGGAUCCUCAGCAAUUACAAUUUAAUAUCAGCAUUUGAGCUUCCCCGCAGAGCAAAAGGCCAGAGUGAAUUAAAGUUAGUUGGACAGGUAUCUUUCUGCUUGAGAAAACUCCUCAAAAAUGAUGAGCUGUAGCUUCAGGAUAAUAACACAAACUUGAAUAAACUUCUUCUCUAAAUCCAACUUCACUUACCUGUAAAUACAAAAAUAACAGAAUGAGACUAAGGUUUGAAGGUAUAUUUUAGGGUCAGGUGUCAGACUAACAGUGAACAGAACACCCCCAGGCGAGAGUGAACCAGGCUCAGCCAAAAGGAGCUGUGAGAGACCCCGCUCCCUAUCUGGAAGCUCUACACACAUCUGGAGCUUCAUUCCUUUCCAACACAGUCAUGCUGAGGAAAUCCAACAUGCGGCAGAGAUAAUGGAAACAUCCAGAAGUAUGGGAUGGGGAGAGCUCAGUCUCCUUGGUGAUUUUAAAUGUUAUCCACCCAUCAAUCUCAUACUUUCAAAGUGAAAAAUGUAAGCCAGAUACGACCCUUUUUUUUUCACAAGAAAUAUUAGCUAGACUAGUCAUAGAAACCACCAGGUCGUUCAGCACAAUACAAGACUGUGUCAAUGCACAACAUUAAUAUGCAACAGCCUGUUUGAAAGGAGAAUGAAGACAAGUAACUUAUGCUAAUCAGGUAUAGUACAGUUACUUUGAUAAUAUUUGACUCAUGUACUAGUAAAAGUAUUAACCCAAGGAUUUGCUCAGGUACAGUGAUGUAGUUUAAGCCUGUCAUUGUGUUAUCAUUAUCAUGGAAAAAAAAAAUCAUCAUAAUUCUAAAUGGACGUCUCUUUCCAUCAUGGUUUCCAUGGACUGAUGACAGCUCUGCCCCGUCUACACAUUCAAUUGCCAAAUGUCAAAAAUGGUCUGACUUCUCUGGUGCCAUAUGCUCACUUUGAACUUUACUGCUGUCCUUCCAGCCUCUCCUCUGUUUCAUGUCUUCAUUGUAACAGAGGGGAGGUGAGCCCUCCCUGCCUCAGGCUUUGGCUUUCCACAUAUACAGGGUGAUGGGCUGAAAGCUGUCAGAACAGAGCCAAACCACCAAAUAUAACUUGUUGGCUGAAAAUACUAGCUGUUUUAAACUCAGGCUGAAAUCCUGUCACUCAUUUGUUUUUGUAGGUCUACCUCAGCUGCAUUACAUAAAUAAGCCUAAGAUGAUAAAACUGAACAGAUAACUGGUUCCUGGCUCAUGUCCACUUGCAAAGCUGCAUUUAUCUUCACAUGCAUUUGGGAUUCCAGCUAAUUCUGGUGUUUCUUGCCAACACAAGCACACAUUGUUCACGUCUUAUGUUCCUCUCCUGAUCCUAACAAUCUUUAUUUCUUGUGUCAGCCAUUCAGCUUUUCACAUCCUUUCCACCCGCUCAGCUUUCACGUGUGACAUUACUGCCCCUUGAGUCAUGGGAUCAGAGGAAACUCAGAGGAAGUGCAACUAGGGCGCGUGUGUUUGUUUGUGUGUGCUUGCCCAUUUUAAAGUGGGUUUGUGCACGCAAAGGGGGCAUUCCUGAGUCUCACUUUGUCUUCCCGGCAGUGGAUCACUCAGUGGUCUUUGUGAGGCUGUGGAUAAGAUCAGCACCAGCCCUGAUAAUGUUACUGUCAAAAGGCAGAACGGUCCCUGAUUACAGACCCUCCCCCUCAUCAACGACCACCACUGAGGAAGUGAGGGUCAUCUCCUGGAAGGAAUACCCCUCCUUAUCUUAAUUAGCCACCGAGAAACUGCAAGACGUCUGAGAGUGGGGAUGUCAUACAGGGUCUGAGGAGUUCACAGUUUAAGAAACUAACCAGCUGCAUGUAGUAUCCAGAGAGAAGAGAAGAUUUUUUAACAGGUGGGUUCAGGAUAUGAUUUGGGAAGAGCACAGCGUCCCUGAACAGCUAAUGUCCAAAGCUGCUGCCUUGUUUUGUGUAUUUUUGUUCAUAGAAGAUACGCUUAAGGGGGUUCAUGGUCAAGAGCUUUCAGGUUCAACCGUCACAGGAAACAAGUGAUGUCAGUCCUCCAGCCUGUUAUGGCUCCUGGCCCAUUGUUCAGCUGAUCUUUCCACCACAGCUCCCAGUUGCCUGAAUGGGGUUUUAGAGUCAGCAGCCUGGGAAAGAGGGGAGGAAACCCCUACCUGUGCUCACAUCCUGCUUUUGUUGGAGGUGGGGGAACACCCCUAAUUUUGCUACUGAAUGUCCGACCCGCAUUAGAGUGAGCAUAACAUUAAACUAUGUGAACUUGCUAGCCUGCAAAACUCGAGUAGGCAGCUGCUCAGAGAGAAGUGCCCUGUAUGUGUUUACUGUUAACUUUAAAUGCUGGAAACUAUAUAACCAGAAAAACGUGAGUAAGAAGUUGCUCAGAGAGAGGUCCCAGUCUGUGUUUAACAGAAAGGUGUUGACAAUCAAAACAACAACAACAACAACAAAAACAACACAUGCUGCUGCUUUCUUCUUGUAAACGGCCUGGUUUAGAAGGAAAGAAGGCUAGAGCAUGUUGUGACUUUACACUUUUGAAACCAAAUACCUAUUAGUGCAUGUAUUUAUUCAUUAAAGUGUAUUUAUUUUCUAAAUUAUUUAUUUAAAAAUAUUUUUAUUUGCAGCCCAUGCAGACAUUAUUUUCAGAGAAUCAUACAUUAAUCAUAAUAGAGGUAAAAAGUUCAUUUCAUCUUGAUUAAGAUUUUUUCCAUAAUCACCCAAACACUGAUGCAGUUUAGAGAUGAAAAUAACAGAGAAGACGGUGAAAGAGACAAGCAAUUAAAGCAAUGUAUUACUUUUGUGGUACAUGAAGGACAAAAGCUGUAAAUUGAGACUGUAAAUUGCUGGGGACGUCCCGUGAUGUACAUGCAGGUUAUGCUGUUAUAUCAUCCCUACCAAUGUUGAGACCAAACCUAUGCCCUUGGUUGGGACACUUUUAGGCAUGUUGAUAAUUGGACAAAUAUUUGCUCAAAAGUUCCUUUUUUUGUCUCACUGGCAAACGUGAACACCUGCACCUCCAGGGCCAGCAGACAGAGACAGUUAACACCACACGUUGUAGCCUCUUCAUCCUUAGACAGUAUAGGAUGGAGCAAUGAAACAUAUUCAAACCAAAACUGAACAUAACUGUGGUCUUUAAAUACCACCUUUGUGGACCCCGUACCUCGAGUCAAACUACAGGGGUCUUCUCUAUUAAAGCAGUAUGAACGACAUUUUCUCUAUGUAGAGCCAGAGGAGUUUAGGAGUGUUUAAAUUCUGAUAUGAUGUCAGUCAGUCAAAAAGACGUCCAAGCUGCUUUUGAAAUGUGAUGAUGUAGGGAAAAUCAAGAGCAAAGUCUUAUUGAAUAUAAUCCAUCAUUUCUGUUGGAUAAUGUUCAAACAAAUGUACAGAGAGCAGCCACGACCAAAGAACCACUUCUGUUCAUGUAGCAUGUAGGGUUAUUAAUAUUCAUGAAAUAUCUCAUCAGGAAAAAAAUAAAAUAAAAUCUAUGUUUCAGCCUCCUCCGUACAAGGUACAGAUCAAUGUGAAAGGCAAUGAUGUCAAAGUUCUAACAGACAGACACCUUGAGCAGAACCAGACUCAAGUUACAACCAUCUGCCGACACUGAGCUGGGUUUAGAGUGGGUAGAGAGAGGGAGAAGGAAAAGGCAAACAACAACAACAACAACAACAACAAUAACAACAGUACAGGGGUCCGUUUCACGUAGCAGGUUUAGUGGAAACUCCGAGUUUGUUAACCCUGAAAUCAGGGAAACUCUGAGUUUUCCGUUUCACAAAGGAGGGUUAGUUAAACCAGGGAGAGAGGGGUAACUCUAACCUGUUUCACAAAGAGAGGUAACUCAACCUCGCGGUCAGUUACCACAGUAACAGACUCCGUGAACCUAACCUGCUCGGGAGCAGGUUUAACUCAGUAAACCCAGAGUUUCAGGUGAGACAUCGGCAUUUUCUCAUUUUGAUCAUGUUUUACAUUGUCAAGUAAGUAUUAAGUGGCAGUUUGAUCCCUUAAAAAAUGCUCUUUUCACACUCAAAACUGAAUUUUACUCUCUUAUUAUGUUCCGUUAAAUGAUUAAGAAUAUUAAACUAACACAAAAACGGGUGGUGGUCCAGCAGCCCCACCUUUAACGGAGGCAGAGGAGCUGCCCCCCCCCCGUUCGACGAUCGCGGCCGGUCCGAUCGCAAAUUCCCCCCCCCCCCCCCCCCCCAACACACACACACACACACACACACACACACACACACACACACACACACACACACACGAGGUGGGGGACGAUCGUCGGGGGGGGGGGGGGGCAGCUCCUCUGCCUCCGUUAAAGGUGGGGCUGCUGGGCCACCACCCGUUUUUCUGGCAUCUGCCCUCUUUCUGUUUGCUGAGUGAAAGUCUAAUAUUGAGUGUAGUGUGUGUUAGUUUAAUAUAUGUACAUAUACAUGCUGAGAGUUAGUUUAAUAUUCCUAAUCAUUUAACGGAACAUCAUAAGAGAGUAAAAUUCAUUUUUGAGUGUGAAAAGAGCAUUUUCUAAGGGAUCAAACUGCCACUUAAUACUUACUUGACAAUGUAAAACAUGAUCAAAAUGAUUCAAGCAGUUUCCCUGCAACAGUCUGUCAUUGUGAUUGCACGAGACUAGAUUUAAAGUUACGCAUUGACGCGAGCAGCGAUUUCCUCCCAAGCCCUCUCCCUCUCCCUUGCAGCUGCUGCUGUAUUGCACUUUCUUUUACAAACGUGCUGUAAUUCGCUGUUGGCUUGCUGCUGCCCCCUCCUUCUCCCUGUUUCCAUUGGUUGAUCAUUGAAUCUGCGCUCCACAGAUGCUGGCUGUUUAUGUCUGGCAUGCACGUGCUUAACUCCAGGUCAAACUACUCGGAGUUGGUAAAACCGUCUCAAAUCAGGUAUUGUGAAACCGGAAACUCAGAGUUUCCUAACUCAGAGUAGAUCAACUCAGAGUUAAGGAUUUAACUCAGAGUUUGUUGAACCACCUAUGUGAAACGGACCCCAGGUGUAUGGUUAAAGUGCCAGGAACAAGGACGAGAACUGUACACAUUAACAGCAUGUUGAUGAUUACAGACUGAUCAACAGAGUUUGAUUUAUGGUGAUUAAAGUCAGCGGGUCUGUGAUAAUGGUGUUUGUGAAGUUAAAGUACAGGUAGGAAUCAUAAUAGCCCAUAAAGUCAAAAUGCUCUGAAACAAACCUCUUCAUCUUUAUAACAAUGAUAAUUGUAGUGGGGCUGGUAUUAAUGAAAUCAUAGUGAAAUUUUUCACGGUUCAAGACAGCAGUAGAUUUCUUUUCAGUAAAUGAGGCUGAAUCUUGUCCAGAACAAGACCAACAAAGAUAUGAGGUAUUAGUUUGUCCAAAGGGGGCACCAAAAUUAACACAAACACAGGGUUCCUUACAGAAGCUUUAAACUGUGUGCUGAUCUGGUAUCAUCUAAGCGAAAAUGCCCCUAAAAUGACUGUAAAUCAGGAGUGCCCUUCUGUCUGGCUGGUGUGGUUGGUGUAAUACCAGUUUGAACAGUCUUUCCAUUUCAAAAGUUAGCUGGGACUUUUUCCUGUGCUGCCAGGACCUCAACUAACCUGCACACUCUCUUUUUUGUCCAGACUCAGGAGAAGAGUUCAAACCCUCUGGGAUCAGGCCUGGGUUACCUGGAGCACAUCUGCCAGCUGUUGGAGAAGAUCGGUCAGUUACAGGAGACCAACCUGCGUCUGCAGAGGCAGAUCUGCUGCCUACAGACAGACAGCAGGAUGACAAAGGCCAAAGAGGUGAGACACAGCUCUUUCACUGAGUUUUACUCAGGAUACUGUCUGCAAACAGAUAACCUGUUUUUUUUCUUUGAAGUACACCUGAAUAUUUGUGCCUGAAUGCUCUCAUAUUCUACAGAAAGCCCACAGGCAGUCUCAGGAUGAAGUGUUGUGGUUUUUAUUUAUAGUCUGAGGAGUAUCAGGUUUCAGAAAGCUUUGGUGUCUGCGGAAAAAAAAAUGGCCAUAUGGAAAGCAAAAGCCGGAGGAACACAGUCCAUUUUGUAAGACAUCUUAGCUCCAGUCACUGAUCAUCUGAGGUUUUAAAAUAUCUGCUUGAGGGUCUGCAAACUAUCUGUUCUAGAUCAAGAAUAAAACACAGUCCUCUGUAUUUUAACGAGUUAUUUAAUACCAGCUUCUUUAGCCUUUCUCUGACAGUAAAAUCAUCACUUAUGAGAGGAUGGUUGACUUUUUGGGGUCUUGGUGAAAUAUGUUAAGAUGGGAUUCAAGAAUCCCUGACUGUCAGUUUUGGCUCAGAUACUGGGAAGGUUUUCUGUUGAGGCAAAGACUGAAACCAGCAGGAGCCUCUGCCCUCAGACUGAAAAGACCCACCUUGAGUCUAUAAACCUUCAAUUUGACAUCUACAGCCAGUUUUCUAGGAACAGAAGAUUCACUCUUGAGUGGUUGACCGAAGCAGCUGAUAAUUUAGCAUUCAUGUUGGAAGUAGAUGACACCAGACCCUCUGUGUGUAAGCCUUUUAUCAACAAUUUAACACACCAUUGAGGAUUCAAAGAGGAUGCUUGCAGUGAAUCGAUGACCUUUGACCUGUUUUCAAAGGAUGAGGCUGUCUGAGGUAAUAUAGAGUUAGUGAGGGAGAAAAAAACACAGAGGAAUGUCACUUCUAUCGCUUCCUGUUCAUGAAUAACUAAUGAGGAAGAAGAGGAGGCUGAGGAAAAAAGAGUUUGUUCACUUUAGUUUAUAGAUUAAAUCUAGACGCUGAGAGACAAACAUAACCUCAGAAUCAAAGGAUUGGAUCAGAGGUUGGUCCGGGUCUACCAGUUGUUAGUGUCUGUAGGUGGCUGUCUGAUUUACCUGGUCAGAUCGCUGAAUUGCAGCUGAUCAUUUGUACUGCAACUGAAGGCAGCAUCACAUGGCAUGGCUUUCACCACAGGAGGAUAAAUUUUAGUUUACAGAAUGAAAGAAAAGAUAAAAUUAUCAUAUUAUAACAUUAAAAACGUUCAGUUGAAUGAAAUAAAUUAAAAUUCAGUUUAGAAAAGAAAAGACUAACUUGACUGUAGGAAAUGUGUCUUGUGCUACAUACAUUUAAACAACAUACAAAAAACAUGAUACCAAACAACCAAUCCUGAUGGAUUAUCUCUGGCAUCUCUAAGAUAUGGACAAUUAAUAAUAUGUAACAUAAAAUGCUACAAAUACCAUUGCAAAAAACACAGAACAUCAUCAACUCCAGUCUUUGGUUUUCAUCCGCCCCCCAUUGUAAGAGGAGCUACAAUUAAUCUAGUUUGGAAAGUUUCCCUCCUUUACCUAUAGGACUGCUGGCAGGUGUGUCAGACUUGGAGAAACCACAUUUGGUUGUUUCCUUCCUGUUCAAACAGAUGGACUAAAAAGAAAAAGUAGGAGUUAAAAAAUAGACACUCGCGUGCACAAAAACAACCCGAGACUAGGAAAAAAACAGCUCUUCAUGUGGAUCAUCAGUUUAAGUGCAGAUUUUUCCAAACUCUGACCCCUCUUUUCCUGUUUUUAGACACAUGCUGCUUGAUCACACACAGGGAAUUUUUGUCCACUCAUGAUUUCCAUUUGGGGAACUUUUUAGUCUUUGUGGAUGCUUGAUUAUGUCUGGUGAAUUAAAACCAUUUCUCUCAAGCUCUUAAGCUUUAACAGAAACGCCUGUAGAUUGUGACAGAUGCCAUUUGUUUGUCUUGUAUUUGCCUUUUCUAAAAUGAACCAGGCGCUCACAUAGGUUCCUGAACUAAAUGUCAAAUGUGGAUCCUGAAUUUUUGAACAGACAAAACAAAUGGAAAAUUUUCUUUUGGACGAAUCUAUUUUUCAAAUGCUCUGCAGCCCUCAUUAUCCCCCAUUGUCACAGGGAUAUUGAGUAUUACCUACAUUCGAGGUGUUUAUCUCUUCCCAGGCACUCUGUAGUGAACAUCUCCACCACGAACCAAUCAAAAAUCAGAACUCCUGAACUUUGUCAGUAACAGCUGGUGGAAACUAACCAUAUCUAGGGCUGCACGAUAUGGCCAAAAAACUAUAUCUCGAUAUUUUUAGGCUGUAUCGCGAUACACGAUAAAUAUCCCGAUAUUCUGACAUCUCCUCUAAAUCACUCUAUAAAUAUUAAAUUCAACCCUUUGAUGCAUAAAAUAACACCAGUGUAAUGACUUCAGCAGACUUUUGUGUUGGAUUGGAAUUGAAAAAUAUCAUGAAACACUUUUUAACUGUAUGAAAAAUUUCAUGACAUACUCAGUUUUUACUACAUAAAAAUGUAAACAUGAUUAAUUAUUCUGUAACUGCUGAAAAGUUAAAAAUACUCUCACGAUUUUAAACUUCAUGAAAAAAUGAUGAAAUAAUUCACUUAGUUUUUUAAUUCAUGAAAAAUAAUGAAAUAUUCCUACAUAGUUUUUAAUACUUAAAAAAAAAAGAUGCUUGGUUAUACUGUAACUCAAGAAUUCGUUUAAAAUGUUUAAAUGUUUUUGGAAAAAUUGUGAAAAACUUCAAUUUAGGUUUUAAUUGCAUUAAAAAAUAAUGAAAUACACAGAUUUUACUUCAUUAAAAAAUAAUUAAAAACAUGUCAACAUCUCAAAAAUAAUGAAGAAUGCUCAGUUUAAAACUCAAAAAAACAAACACCAUCACGCAGCUUGUAAUUGCAUGUGACAUAUGAAUGUUGUAUCAGUUUGGUAUUUUUACAAUUAUUGAUAAUAACAGUGAUUGCUAUUUUCCCAUUAGAGGAAGGCAAGCCUACACAAAUACUCACCAAUUGCAAGGUGCAGCCAAUGGCCAAAACAUUGCAGUCUUGUCCACUCAUUCAGGCUCACAGCUUUGACUAUAUUAGCCUCAUUGUCCGUGGUGAUGCACAUCUGAUGAGUUUCUGACAAGUUCCAUGAAAGGAGAGCAUCUUGCAGACCCUGUGCAAUGAUCUCUCCUGUAAGAAGUGGGUCGCAUUUGUCAGCUGGUGGGCCACCUUUUCUUUAACUAAGAUGUACAAGUGUGGCAGCGCUUUUCCUGCGAAAAUAUUGCGACCAUGCAAGUCAUACUUUGGAUCAAGUGUCUUAAUAAGAUUUUUGAAUCCUGGCUUUUCUACCACACUGACCGGAGCCAUGUCUUUGGCGAUGUACUUUGUCACUGCGGCCAUGAUGUCUCUCCACCUCUGACUUUUUCUGUCAUAUGGGACUGAAUUGGCAAACGAAGAGGACAGCGUCAUUUGCUUCGGUGAUGGUUUAUGUGGUGUAGGAGGAGACGUGGACAUACGGAGUCUGAUGCAUUCUUCGUUUUGUAGUGGAUGGCAUUUCAGGUGGUGAACUAAGUUUGUGGUACUGCUACCUUUGGUGGCUACGGUUUUGCGGCAUACUUUGCAGAUAACCGUAUUUUGCUCCACUUCUUCCUGGCGAAACCCGAACCACUGCCAGAUGAUUGAGCCAGUGCUGUGUUUUUCUCCAUCCCUCCCUCCUCUUAGUAACUCGAAAACUUGCCUCGGGUCUCAACUUUUUUCGCUCUCUCCGUGCUCGUCUCCCUCCUUUCCUUAAACAACAAUACGCAUGCGCGCAGGAGAGUUUCCCGGACGGGAGGGGGAGAGUGCUGCUUACAAUGAGAAGAGCGGCAGGAGAGUGAGAGGAUCGAAACUCCAAAGAUAGUUGCAUACUGACGCCUCAAAACAUAAAGCCUUUGUGUCAAUUUGUACUCGAUGGUCACGAUGUGGUCAUUUUUUACAUCUCACGUGGAAAAACCCGCGAUAUAUUGAGUAUAUUCGAUAUAUCCCCCACCACUAACCAUAUCUACUCACUUUUUCAAGACGCAAAUGUCAGUGUGCUGCUGCAAUUGCCUGAGAGGGACUUUUGUAGCCCAGCAUCAGUAAGAGCUCUGUCAUUGAGACUACAGGCACUGCCAACACAGAAAAUGCUGUCAGUGCACACAGUCCCUCAUCAAACUUGAUGCUUUUACUGUAUAAUUUAUUCGUCUGUCUUGUGUUUCCAACUGUUUUUGUGUGUAAUUUUGGAACAUCUUCAUUCAUGUGUGAGUGAUAAAAACAUACAAAAAAGAAACAUUGCUGAAGACCUGUCCUCCUUCAUGUUGUAGCUGUGAGUGCUUCUGUAACAUAGAAAGCAUCCUGCUGUGAGGAGCAGGGAGGGGUUUAUGAGAAAGGGGUUAGAAAGGACAUGCCUUCUCAGUUGUUCUCUGGGGUAAGAAAUGGGUUUGAGGAGCUUAGGGGUUAUGAUCUUUUCUAAAUCAGUUUUGGGUUGUGGCCAACUGAGGUGCCUUUGACAGAGAGCCCAAAAUAAACAUUUGAUGGAGCAUGCUCUGUGCAUGAUGGCCUUGUUGUUUUAGUUUGGUUGGUUGUGGAGAGGCUGAUAAUUCUGAUGGAAGUGUUUGUGAUAUGUGUGAGUAACAGGGGAACUGCUGGAGGUGCUUUGAGACUAUGAAUGGCAGAGAGUGUGAAUGUCAGUGGUGUUUAUUGUCUUGGAUGAGACUGAGAUAUACAGAGCAUUUAAGCAUCCCAGCCAUUUCAUUAUUGAUACAGGUGGGUUUGUGGGAGAGGCUGUGAGUACUGCAGGAGCUGGUAACCUUUCUUUCAUCACUGUGUGAAGUGAGAAGUCCAGAAAACUUAAAACAAGGUUACUGUCAUUCAGGAGUAUUUGAAGUAUGUUGCUGUUGGUGAGGGACUGGCUCAGACUGGAAAUCAAGAGUAUCAAACAGUUCUGGUACUGUGACAACCCAAUGUGGCAGUAACCAAUGAACAGGUAUGUAACAUAUACAGGCACCACUUAAAAAAACACCACCCAGAGAAGCUGAAGUAGUGAGAGAGCGCACACUGGCUGUUGAAGAUGAAGUGAGUCACUAGUAAUAAUGUAAUAACACAGACUGCUGGUUUAAUAAUGUUCACGCCCUUCAAAGAGCCCCAGCCAAAUAUGUGACUGAAAGUGUUUCAAAUGUUUUUCAAAAAGUUUUUCAUUUUACCACUCUCAUUUCCCUGCAGCAGUAGCAGAAAAACAAAACAAAACAAAGAACUGUUGAAUACUGCUGAAAAUGCCUGGCACGCCUGAUUAUCCUGGUCUUUAAACCUGGCAAUGUUAAAAAUGAAAUUGAAUAACCCUGGAGUAUAGGACAGGACUCAUGACUUGGGCUCUUCUGAUGGCUGAAGGUGUUACAGUGCACAUUUAGACUGCCUGAGGUAGAAGACACUAAGGAAGCUUCAAAUUCAGAGAAUGAGAAGUGGAAGGGCAUUGAAAUUAUGGACUUUUCUGAUCAUCUGAAAGCACUAAAAGGUGUAAAGGAAGAUGUGAAAUCAAUGGAGAGGAAAACUAUAAACAACCAACCAAUGGUUAGGGAAGUGCUAUACUUUAUAAAGAGAAGUAAAGGAUUUAACCAAAUUUAAACCCAUUCAGGGGCAGCUGAGAUAAACGGAAUUUCACUUUAUUCACUCAUAUUUAAUCAGUGAUUCAUAGGAUUUUAACAUUUUUUUUGUUAAUCUGGAUGCUGUCUCUGCUCAGUACAGUAUCAGUAUGAUGAGGGUCAACACAAACAAAAAGGAAGAAAUCUGACUGUGGUGCCUCUGACCUCCCAUUACUCUCUGGGACCCUCUCUGCCCAGCUGUUAUGUAAUAAUGUAAAUAUAGCUGAGGGAGGGGGCCCCUCUAUUAAAAACAGGAAGGAAAUAUAUGUGUGCAUAUGUUGAUAUGCACUCUGUAUUGUUAUAGAGGCCUGUGUGAACCUUGUCUCCCUGUACUGAGAGAUAACUUCAGUAUCCAGUAAAGACCUGAUAUUAAAACAACUGCAGCUUUCUAACAGACAGAGAGGGCAGAUGUGAGACUUGGUUUGCUCCGAGAUGAGUCUGACAUUUAUCUUGUUCAUUGUUGGACUCAGAUGUAAAAUUAAAGGAUUAACAUAUGGUAUAAAGACACACAGAUACAAUACAGACUUAAUUUAAACAACCAUAUCAGAGACUUUUCUUUUCCUUUAUGAAGAUAAACCCAUGUAUUUCAGAAACAGAAACUUUCUGCUGUCUCUCUGAACAGGACUUCUUCAAGCAGCACUGCAGCUGUGGAGCAGCUGACCUGGCCUUCCAUGAUGUCCAGAGGAGACCCCCCAGGAGUGAAUCUCUGUCACCCAGCGGGAUCCUCUCUGAUCUCUCCACCAUCCCUGAGAUCACCCGCCAUCCUCUCAUAGCCACCAGGAGAGGUAAGAGUGAGGCAUCUUUAAAUCUAAUGUUUCUAUACAGAUUUUACUGACUUUGCUGGAAGAGAAAGGAGUCGACUGGAAUUAAACUCUGAAAAUGAUGGCACCUAAAGCAGAUUUUUUAUAUCUGAGAUGGAUGUUAUGACCUUGGUUAUACUGACUAGUGAAAUUGUUGGUCUCUUUAGCAUCGAGUUUUUUGUCUUUCACAAAAUGUGUGGUUAUGGUUUGAAGAUUAAGUUUUUCAAUUCAAUGUUUGAUUACUUUAAAGUGUUGAUAUAAUUAAGGUGUUUUCAGGUUUUCUUGUGGUUGUCUUAUUGGCUUGUACAAUUUUUGGACUUCUAAAGCAACAUCACCCAUUGUUUCUUUUAGAAGAAAAAGCAUCUGGACAGACAGACAGAUGUAAUGUUGGCUGUUUAUGUGGAGCACUCUUAACUCGUGAUGUAGUAGUUACAAUAGGAUGCGAUACAAUAUGAUAUGAUACAGUAUGAUACGAUUCAAUUCUGCACGAUACAGUAUGAUAUGAUACGAUACAAUACAGUACAACAAUGAUACAAUACCAUAUGUAUCAAAACCAAUGAUACAAUAACAGUACCCCAUGACACAAUACGAUAUAGUACAUAUACUAUAUACUAUAUACUAUAUAUACAUAUACAAUAUAAUACAAUACUAUAUAAUACAGUACGAUACAAUAUGAUACAGUAUGGCAACUAGCAACAGCGGGCCAAAUCAGGCCUGCGGUUGGUAGUUGCUGACUCUGGCAAUACAGAAUGAAACAGUGAAGGGAAAAAGGAUAUAAGAGGAUAAGGUAAGAAACACAAUACCGGAUGAAAGAAUCUAACAGGUCCAGUCACAUGUAUCUCUGAGAGGUAGUGUCCUGUCACUGUGAGUCAUGCUGAAAGCAUGGAGGUCACUUAAACCACCCCAGAUUAACCCAAAGCUUUUGAUUACAGUAAAGAUCAGCUCUUAAUAAGCUGCUCCAGAGGGAUGUGUCAACAAACACUCUCAGGCCCAACCAUGAGUCUUAGACUGAAUUUCAGUGUACCCCCCUGAAAAGGACCUGUAUUUUAAAGCUUUGUGUUUCACAACCUGACCCUGAAGGUACCCCUGGUGUUUUUACACCUUGGUGUUUAGUCUGUCAUCAGAGCCGAGGUCCAGGUGGUGUCUGUCAGACAGGACAACACUGUCCUCUUCCUGAAUGUUAUCAUAACUGGCUGUUUUCUGAGUGGCUCGUGUUGCUUGAGGAGGUGGUGCUGGCCCACAGCUUGGUGGUCCCGUGGGGUUGGAAGAUGAAAUUAUAACUGGAGUGGGAGAUCUGAGUGGAAUUCCUGGCAUCCUAGGCCUGACGGGAACACAAAACGUCCUGUGGACUCUGGAAUGCCUCGGCUCUUCCUCAGAUGGCCAGGAAACUGGAUCUGGAGAAGAGGUUGAGAAGUCAGGAGAGAAGGGAGAUCAGGGUGAGGUGCAGGAAAGGUUAAAUCCUGCUCUGUGCUCAGCUAUAUUUGUAAAUGCCAGCCUCAGAUUGUUGGGGUGUUUGUACAAUACAAUGACAGAGAUCUGAUUUAUGGAGAGGACGUGGAAAACCACCAGACAGGAAAGUUUGUUCCAGAGUUGGUGGAGUUCUGCUGAAAAUGUUAUACCUUCUGUUUCUGAUGCACACACACAAACCCUGGACACAGCUGUGGUCUAGUUUGUUUUUCUUUCUCCAGUAGAGUGAUGAUCUGGAGAAAUUGUGAGUCUAUGAUGCAGGGGGUUGUGUUUGCACACUCAUUGGAGAGGUGGUGGUGGUGUUGUUCAGAGGCUAAAAUAACAGGCUGUGCUGAUUUCCAUCAGCAUUUGUCAUAACAGUCAGCACCCUUCUCUUAGCGCACCAUCAAACUGCUCACAUCCCAAACCAGGCUGAAUAUUAAUGCCGCCCCCAGGAUAGUACAGCCCCCUCUGAACUUUAUCACAUAUGUCCCUUUAUUAACCUGCAAGUCAAAUACUGAUGAGCGGUUAACAAACAAGGUCAGUCCAAAAUGCAGAUAUCAAGAAGUAACUGAGGGGCACUUUCAUAGAAAUUCCAGCCCUUUCACACAUGAAUUAUAUCAGUGUUUUUCAGUGUUUCUUUCUAUUUGAAGUGAAAAAUCAUGUCAGUGCCAAACAUUUUCAUGUGUAAUUACUGGGAAGCUCUUUUUCUGUCCAAGUUAGUGGACACUGUCCAUCAAUGGUGUAAAACCUGAUUUAAAAGCGAAUACAAUUUGUUUGUGCAAUCAUGCUAUUAUCAAAUGAAGAGCAAAUGACAUAAAGAGACAAUUUAGAAAAAACAUCAAUCAGGAGAGGACAGAUUGAUUUUCAGUCACAGAACAAACAAACCUGAUAAAGGUUUGCACAAAUGUUCUCCUUACACCUGAAUCAGUUUCAACAUGUUUUUUCUCCCUGUCAGAUUGUGGGAGAAUUUAAAACUUAUUCCUGAGGUAACUGGUGCACCAACAUCUGCUGUUGACACAGUCCCAAUAAAAUAAAGCUUUUUUAAAAAACAGGUUAUCCUUCCAGCAUGUCAACAAAUCCAUUUAAGAGAGCAGGAUAACAGAAGAGAAAGAACCAACAAUUCGAACACAAUAGAUGUGAUCUAAGCAGAUUUUAACUCUGUGAGUGUUUUCAUUACAGGGAGGUGAGAAUACUGACCUCACCCCCUCAGCUCAGCCGUGCCCCCCCCGCCACACACACACACACACACACACACACACACACACACACACACACACACACACACACACACACACACACACACACACAGUAACAGGUUCUGUUUAAUAUUGGGUUUUAGAUCUGAGCAGAGAGGAGCUGACCCCCAUCCUGCUGUGGAGGAGAAGUCUGAACCAACAGAGCUACACUGAGGGGAAGGUCCGCUUCAGAGAGAGCACAGAAGGGCUGUGUGUCCCCUAUCACAGGGUGAGUCAUCGAUUCACUUAAAACCCCCAUGAUCUUUGAAAGAUGCUAACUCUAAUGAAUGGUAUUGUGCUGCCUGCUGUGACUUGUGUGCCCCUCACUUUAUUCAGCUCACUUCAUCAUGAGCUCAGGUUGAUGUGCAUGAAGUUUGAGAGCAGGAAGAAGCUGUGGAUGCUGCUCACAUUCGUAGUGGUCAGCCAUCUUUACAACAUAAGUAAAAACAAUCAUACUGCUGGAGGAGCAGGAGGAGACUGGUCUGUUUUUGUAUGUGUCUAAAAAAGCCAAAGGACGGAGUACGCACAACAAAAAAGAGGCCAGUCUUAACAGCCAGUAAUAGUCGGGUCACAAAGUGAGAUUCUGUGACCAUCCUCUGGCAAGGAUGUUUUGACGAUUGAUUUGACCUCUAUGGACCCUUUAGAAAAGAUUUAGCCCCCAGGUCCAAAGUUCAAAAGUUAAUUUUUAGAGAUGGCGCCGGUCCAAAGGUCAAAAGUUAAUUCUUAGAGAUGGCGCCGGCCGCCAUCUUGAAUUUAGCUGUCUAGCAAAUAAUGCCGGGAUUUCUGCGAGGGACCUGGGGGCUAAAUCUUUUCUAAAGGGUCCAUAGAGGUCAAAUCAAUCGUCAAAACAUCCUUGCCAGAGGAUGGUCACAGAAUCUCACUUUGUGACCCGACUAAGAGGACACGGAGACAUGUCCAGGUCGAGCUGCGCGAGAAAUAAGAGGAAGAGGAAGAAAGAAAAAGAGGGAGACAAAUUAAAUAUCUUGUUAACUUCAUCAUGUGUGUCAAUUUACUAGAUUUAAUUUAAUUUAAUCUCGGUUCGCCUCUGUGCGCCUCAGUCCACAAAAAUACCAAACUGGCUGUACGCCGGGCUCCACCAGACGAAAAUACAACUGCGCGGGGUCCGCCACCCUCCGCCGCCUCACCGGCGGAAAUGAAAAUAGAGCCCUAAGUUUUUCUGUGUAAUAACAAUGAAAGAUAAGAUAUGGUAAGAUGUUCCUUUAAUAGUCCCACAGGGGGAAAUUCAAAAUUUACAGCAGCAUAGUACAGACAUACAAAGAGAAAUAAGAGGAUAAAGAAAAACUUGGAGUCAAGUUAAAAAAAAGAUAUGUACGUGAGUCAUAUUUACAUGUCUACGGAAUAUAAUGAUAUGGUUUAUCACAUGCUGAGGUUUCUGUUAAGGAGUCUGUAGCUGCAGGAAGGAAUUACCUGCAAUACCUCUCUGUCACACACUCCUCAGUGCAGUGAGUGUCUUUUGGAGGGGGUGAGAGUCUCUUUCCAGCAUGGAGGACAGCUUGGCAGAUAUGACUGAAUGUUGGAUUUGCUGCUUGUGGUAAAAUGUAGCCUUGCAUUGAAUUUAUGGAGUAUAAUCAUUAUGAUUAUUUUUUUAUUAUUAUUUGUAAUGUCCUGUUUAUCCAACCAGCAUGCUUUUGUACAAAAAAUGUAAAACUUAUUCUUAUUUCACUUGGUGCUGUGUUUUUCAGAAAGUUUGGAGUAUCGAAGUUUUUAAAGUUUUUAAGUAGUGUCAGUAUUUGUGGUGCAGAUAUUAAAUCAAGAGUCAUAUCAACCUGGGUAUCAAUCAUAAUAAUCAUAAUUAUGGUUCUUGCCAUAAAUGAGCAGGUCUUCAAAGAAUGAGACCUUUAAUUUUAGCUUUGGGUUCUUUAUCAACCACAGGAGGUGUUUACUCGAGAAACUAUGACACAAAAGAAAUUUAUGUCUGCAGGGUGAUCCCUGCUACUGCCCCUCACUGUGAUUCACUGUGAGUUUCCCAAUGUCCUCUCACUACUGUCAGGGAAAACGCGGAUGAAAUAUGACUGUAAAUUCUGGGAGCUGGGGGAGUGAAUCUACCCCUGAAGAAAACCUUAUGCAGCCUCCCUUUUAAGCUUAUUCACUGGGCAUCUUUAUUUUUCCAAAAGGUUAAUCUUAACUACGUGUAUCCUUCCUGUCUCUCUCUUCACCUUGGGCUUGAGUUCAUAGCUUUCGUAAUUCUUAACGCAGAAGCGACAGAAAGAUUCAAAGGCACGAGAAGCACAAAGUGACUCAAAAAUACAAUUGAACAUUGUGCUCUAAAACACAGACCAGAGAUUUGGAUUGAAUCAAUGCUGGCUUUAAUAGACUUCUUAAACCUGAAGCAGGAUGCAGUCCUAACACACCAAGUUUCUGGCCUUCAAAUAAAGACUUAAAUGACAAUAGCUGUGCAAAGUGUCUGAAAUCAUGAGCUCUUAAAUGUUUGUGGUCAUGCGUGUGAGCUUAUCUCAGGGGUUUUACAUCUUUUCUAGGAAUGUUCAGAUAAAUGCAAAUAAUAGAGAAACUGGAAGGACACUGAGGAGAAUGUCCCUGACGGGUCCUGAUUUGAGUCAACGUUUCACCAUAAACGGUCAAUUCUGCACAAAUGACUCUACCAGCAAAUACUCCACUUCCUGUCUAUGGGAUCAAAAACAAAACCUGAAACCUGUUUGUUUUUUGGGUUCUUGUCCUGCAGAGCUUUGGGUAAAUGUGUGUUAAAUUGUUGUCAUUGUGUGUUUUUGUUUUUUAGCCAAGUGAAAACUACACCUGGGGUCGAGUCAAAGAUCUUGUGAGGAAGACUAAGCUGAGGAACCAGAGCCGGCUGGGACUGACCUCCCCCUCCCUGAAGAUGUCCUGUCCACAGCUCUACAGGUGAGGCAAACGCUGAAGACCACAGGCUGCAAAAACCUGGUACACAUGGACUGAGUACAUUUGAGUUCACACAAGCUGUGGCAACACCCUCAACUCCAACUAAAUAUUCUAACAGCAGCUAUCUUGAAGGUGUGUACAACACACUGACACACUGAUGUGUGCACAAAGCUUAGUGAGUUUCGGCCUCGUCAAGAAUGUUAAACAUUUUAUUUAAUUUGGUGAACGUCAGAAACAAAGGCAAAUGAAAUAAUAUUCCCUCCUAUUCCUGCAGGAUCUUAAUAGGGCCCUGAAAAUAUCACAUUUAUAAAGAGAACAACAUUGUUCCUGACACACAUUUGAUAUAAAUCUUAUUAGGUAUUUUAGUGAAAAUAUCUUUAUAAAAAGCAUAUAUUGAUUCUCUCCUGUUCUCGUUUCUUGGUUCAAAUAAAAAUCUGCUCUCUCUCUCUCUCCAUGAGGAGCCAAAUGUAUCACUCCUCAAAGGUCCUGUCAAGAAAGGCUGUCUCCACAUCAUACUGUACAUUUGCUUAUAGCUCAAAUAGAAGAAUCAGUACAUAAUUUAUUCACUCAUUUUUCAAAAUAAAAGCAAAAAUGAAAAAACAAGAAAACUACAAUGAUACUUGAUCUCUGUUUCCAAAACAUGAAUGGAAAAAUGGAUAAUGACUCAUUUUCUAGAUUCUCUGUUUGUUCUGAACAAAAUGGAAAAAUUGGUUAGCGACCAAGUUUAUUCAAUUGUUCCAUCUCCCACUAGCACAAGCUACAUGACCCAGGAAUGAUGCUUUGGAGUGCCCACAAAGUAAAAGAACUUUGUAUUAUGGAGCCCAGAGAUACUCAGAAAUGUCGGUUAGAAGGUUCUGUGCUCAAUACCAGUUCAGGGGGAAAAGACACAUACACCUAGGUCAUUGGACACUGAUAGCCCUUCUGCACUGAAACACAUUCCAUCAGUGAAAUAUGGUCAUAUAGCAGUCAUCUUAAAGUCGUUAAACUACAGACCUUGUGCACUAUUAUGGUCUUGCUCCACUCUUGAUGGGUUGAGAUACACUUCCGUGUUAUGAUUGUUCUUAUGUCCUCCUUCCACAAAAAGAUGUUACAGAGGUUAUCAGCUGUGUCUGGUACUUCAUGUAAAAUGUCUCCCCAUAAUGUUCAUCUAUGUCUCGAUGAUUAGCUGAGAAGCAGCUGCUAUACGGUUGCUGUGUGGGUUGCCAGGGAUUUUAUGGCAUAGUUUGUGGAGACCUACUGCAAUUAUAGAUUAUAUACAGUCUAAUAUCACUGAGCAAGUUAUGAAAAAUGAUUGAAAGCGUACAUGUUUGUAAAUGUUAAAGAUGUGAACACACAAAGUUACCUCAUCCAUUGAUGACCUAAUUGCUGUCUCCAACUGUGCAUUUGACAUGAGUCCUUUCUGCCUUAACUAGUGCUAUGCACAGAACCGUCUGAUCAACAUUUCUAGACUCCUGACUGCUGCAGGGUGGUGGAAAUCUCGGCAUGGGUUUGGCAUUCCUAGAAAAACUGACCCACUAACUCUCUAAAUCUUACUCAAUCUUCUCUUCGAUUUGAAUUUGUGGCUCAUGUGAAACAAUAAUGUUUACUAAGCAGACAAGUCCCUUAUGUUGUUGGUUAAAUUAAAGUUGGUCCAGAUCACUGAAACAAAACAUAAAACCUCAACUUUACACAUACCCAAACAAGCUGACAGAGUGUGUAUUUUAUUCAUUUUUCAGCUUGAAUCCUGUUUUCUCUUCAUUCCCAAUGUGUUACAGGACAAAAGAGUGUCAGAGAGAAAUGAAACUCUGUGUCUACUCCAUCAUAAAAACACAAACUUUACAGUUCUCUGUUUUUGUGGGGAUGUCUCAGCCUUUAGGGUUGAAAUGGCACAGACUCAAAUGGCUCCACAAAGCUACUUGUUUGUUGGACAAAAAGGAAAAAAGAAAGAGAAGGAAUGUGAGUUAUUUGACUGCAGUGAACUAAAGCCAGCAUGAGAGUGAAAGAGGGAUUUUUGUGGUGGGAAGUCGUGACAGCUUCGGUGAGUUUUUCCUUAUGAAGUGGAGUGUGACAGCUUCCUGGCAGAUGAAGUAAUAAGAAGCUUUAGCUCCAAGUUUGUCUGUGAGAGCAGGACUGAAUUAACUCUGAGAAGUUGUGCUGUGAAGGAAUCUGAUGGGAGGUGGAGGAGCCUCCAACCUCUCCUCUGUCCUGACCCAGGUUUGGCUCAGACCCAGCAGGGCAGAAGAGGAGGGGGUUCAGGGCUGAGGGAUGCCUGGAGGAGUGGGAUCAUUCCUGCAUAGCUGUAAGCUGAGGCCUGCUGAGAUAUGGCUACAGUCCAGGCUUCAUUAGCAGAACAGCAGCCUCCUGCUGAAACAUGCACGCUGGCUCGCUGUAGACUUUUUGACACAGGGAAUAAAAGGGAACAGAAAUGUUUGCUCCUGCUCAGAGAUGAUUUAAGUUUCAUGAUAAGUGUCUCCUUUUCUUCACAGACCUGAUCUGGAAACAGUGGAGCCCGCUGUGAGAAAUGGAAACAGGAACUCCAUGAUUGCUUUGGGACAUAAGAGCAAAGUGGACUUCCCCUGA